AUGAAAAAGAAUCCAACUGCCCCCGUGCAUUCAGGCAAGUAAUUACGAGACACACAAAAUAAAUGAGUCGAAGAGACCUUUGAUCAGACCAGGAUCAUUCACGAGAGCAAAUAUAAACAGCUGACCCUCUCACGCCUUAGGUCUCUUCAUAUUCUUUCAUGGGGAAAGGCGAGCAGAGAAGAAUGUGCAAAGUGAAUUAGGCUGCAAUCCAGUACCAACUCACUUACCUGGGAGGAAGCCCCAUUGAGUUCAAGGGAGUUUUACUUCUGAGUAAACCAGCAUAGCACUGAGCUGUGAAUAGGGUAAGAGACAGGGUUCCUGUAUGUUUAAUAGCUUUGUAGAAGAGGGAAUUUCAGCAAAUGUAAUUUGUCAUGCAAGAUACACCUGCUUAGAUUCUUUCUUCGCUGUUGAAUGAAAGUGACCUAUUCCUCGUUUAUGUGUGACCACCCGAGCUGCAAAUUAGAUGAACAAUGGACUUACUCUAAAUUAGGUCUGGCUCAUAAAGAACAUUGUAUUUUACUUAUUUCGCAAGAUUAUAUACCACUUGAUUGUAAUAAAACUUCAAAGCAGUUUGCAGAAAGAAUAAAAUAACCAGUAAAAAAAAGAUGAAAACAACUAUUUAAAACAUACCAAAAAAUAAUUAAAAUCAAUGAUAAGCUGAAAACCAGAUUAAAAUGCAUGCCAACAACAUUAUACGUGUCUAAACAGGCUUGCGUGUUUUUAGCAGGCACCAAAGAAAGUACAGUGAAGGUGCCCAUUGAUGUCAAUAGGCAAAGUGCAAAUGCUGCCACACUAGAAGAUUAAUUAAUUACAACCACAGAAUAAACCAUGAGCCACAAGGAACAACUUUAUAUAUUGACAUGUGAAAUCCUUCUGCAGCCAAAAAUUCAUUCUGUAAGGCACUUUGAAUUUAUUUUAUGAAGGUGGUACAUAUAUGAAAUCCAAUAAUAGUAAUAGGUAAAGGUAAAGGACCCCUGGACGGUGAAGUCCAGUCAAAGGCGACUAUGGAGUUGUGGCGUUCAUUUCGCUUUCAGGCCAAGGGAGCCAGUGUUCGUCCACAGACAGCUUUCUGGGUCAUGUGGCCAGCAUGACUAAUCCGCUUCUGGCGCAACGGGACACUGUGACGGAAACCAGAGUGCACGGAAACACCGUUUACCCUCCCGUCACAGUGGUACCUAUUUGUCUACUUGCACUGGCAUGCUUUCGAACUGCUUCCUUCUAAUCGGCAAGCACAAGAGGCUCAGUGGUUUAGACCGCAGUGCCACCCGUGCCCCAAUAGCAGUAAUAACAAUUGUUAUGUACUGAUCUGAAUCCUAGAACAAUAGGAUCCCAGAAUGCAGCAGUCUGAUUGGUCCACAGGAGCCACCCAAUCCAGCUCCAGGUGGAAGUGAAUCAGCAACCUGAUUGGCCUACAGAAGCAGCCUGGAAUUAGCCAAUCACGUGGGGCCCAUUGUGUAAAUAAUGUAUAUAUAGCUAGGUGUUUUGGGGAAAGUUUCAUUCAUUGCUACUACAAGCUGAAUAAAGAGCAUGAAAUUCACACUCGACUCCGAGUAUAGUUCAACAAUAACGACAAUAUAAUACAGUGGUACCUCGGGUUAAGAACCUAAUUUGUUCCAGAGGUCUGUUCUUAAGCCGAAACUGUUCUCAACCUGAAGCACCACUCUAGCUAAUGGGGCCUCCCACUGCUGCUGCGCCGCCGGAACACGAUUUCUGUUCUCAUCCUGAAGCAAAGUUCUUAACCCGAGGUAAUAUUUCUGGGUUAGCAGAAUCUGUAACCUGAAGCGUAUGUAACCUGAAGCGUAUGUAACCCGAGGUACCACUGUAGUUUAAAAGGUGCCCUUUCUUCCCGCAGGGAUGCCAAUGUCACCCCAUUGCUGCAGGAUCCCCCCUUUUGCACAUGCAACUGGGCAGGAGUGCUGCUGUUGGGAUGCUCCAAGGGGCGGGGGGAAGAGUAAACUGGCUUGGGAACCAACAGAUCCUGAGCUGAUUUCACUGCUGUUGUACCUUGGCACUGAACCUGACAUGGACCCAGUAGCUGCACCAGCAAUCUUAUGCCCCCCGCUGCCCAAAUUUGCAGCUGGUGCCCAUUGGAAGAGAUGGGGUGGAAAGCAGGGGAGCGAAUGGUAGGUGGUACCAGGUGGGAACCAACAAAUUCUAGCCUUGUCCCCAUCUCUCCCCCCCCCCCCCCGCUUUACAAGGGAAAUACUAUAAGACGGAGCUGGUAGGCAUUGUAAGACCCACUGCAGGCAGGUGGGGGCUUACUGGGGGCACACUGAGGCUGGCAGGGCAAUGCCCGCCCCUUGCCCUAAUGGACCAACUCCCCCUGGGGGGCUCCGGUGCCCUGGGCAACCAUGGAGACCAGGGAUCUUGUGGAUAUGGCAAGGUGGUGGUGAGGUCUGUUCCCCGCCUUAAAGCGAAAUAUAGAAUUGGGAUGUUCCAAAUGCACCAAAAGCGAACCAAAGCAGGCUCGGAAAUGAAAAGCCGGAUCAUUCCACUCCCCCACUCCCCGCCCCCCGGGCUCAUUCUCUGUUCCACCCCCCCUUCUCUGCAGCAUGGAACCUUCCGAAGCUACGGCCGCGGCCACUGCCCCACCCCUGCUUUCCGAAGUGGAACGCGCCGCGUUGACCCGUUGCCAUGGAGACCGGCGAGGCCCCGUCCGGCGCGUCGCUCCCGCCCUGCGAUAGGAGGGAUUCGAGGCGGCUGGUUGGGUGGGAGAGCUGCUCGUGUCGCUGCGGCGCUUAGUUCGCCCCUCUCCCGCGUUGGAGGCAGGUCUUGAGGGGUGGGGUGGGCGAAAUGCUGGGCCGAGGGGGCAGCUGAGGGGUGUGGUGGGGGGGCAAAAUGGUUCUGCGGCUGCGUGAGGCGGGGGAAGCCGGCGGCCAAGAAAGGGUUAAUUUAAAGGGGCGUCGGGGGUCUCGUCGGAAGGGCGCCGGGUUAUUCUUGGGUGCGGUGGGGCAGGGCUGGAUUAGUAGAGAAUCCGCUCUGCAUGCAGAAGCCCCCCCCCCGGUCCCUUUGCAUGCAGAGCCUCAUAUCCUGGAGAGCUGCUGCCAGUCAGUGUAAGCAAUACUGAGCUAGAUGACGUGAUGCCUUGAUUUGGGAAUUUUUUUCUUUUCUUUUACAAGGCAGCUCCCCUGAAUUUACAGGGGUUCCUGCUGAAGGGCCAAACAUGAAAUACGGUACCUUCAGCCUAAAAAACCCCCCUGUGGUUUAGGAACUAGAAAGCUUCGCUUGCUUCAUUUCUGCAAUUGGUGAAUCCCACCCAUGGGCGCAGCCAGAUUGUUGUUAGGGUGGGUGCAGAACUUGGUUGGGGGGAGUGCAGAACUGCCGUGAUUGUCAAUUAGUUAAGUAUUUCUAUUGUUUUACUUGAUCUAGGGUUGCAGCUCCCUCCCCCCCAAUACACCCAUCAUCCCAGCCCUGAAGGGUGGGUGCUGUUAGGCUGCCACCUUUCUUUCUCCUUCCCUUCCCAAGCUGGGCCUUUGGAAUGGAACAGCUGCAAAUAAGGCGGAAACCCAGUGGGUGAAGCUGGGGGGGAGGGGCCUGGGGGGCUUUCCUUGUUGAAUUUCUGCCUGCUGCAAAUCCACCCUGAGGGAAAAAUAAGGUGGGGAAUUCUGGUGGCAAAGGGGUGAGGAAAAGGUACUAUGAUAUAUAUAUGGUGGAAUUGUUUAAACAUCAAACAAUUUUGGGAAACAAUAUAUAACGAAAUGAAAAAAAUGUUUAGAUAUUCAUUUAGGAAAACACCAGAAGGUUUUCUAUUGGGAAUAGCUCCAGGAAAAACUUAACUUUCAAUUGCGGCUCUGGGAGAUAACUUGCAGUGGGGUUGUUAAGUAGGUGGCGGAGUUAGGAUUUGCAUGCAGCAAAGUGAUCCUAGAUGCAUAAGAAGCUGUGCAAUACAAGGUCAGGCACUCUUCGCCUACGAUCUAGCAUCGUAGUGUCUGCUCCAACUGGCAGUGACUCUGUCUCUGGCAGAGAAGGUUGUUUCUUCUCACAUGCCGCCUAAUUCCUUUCCUCGGAGAUAACCAGCAGUUUAUUUAUUUAUAAGAUUUUCCAAGGUGUGCAAGGCACCGUACAUGUUUUUUCCUUCCUUAUUUUAUCCUUAAAGCAACCCUGUGAGGUGGGUUAGGGUAAGAAACACUGACUAGACCGAUGUCACCCAAUGAACUUCGUGGCUGAGUGGGGCAUUCAACUGGAGUCUUCCCUCUCUCUGCCCUAGUCUCAAUCACACUUGCUGACUUUCUUCCUCAUGCAAAAGAUGUGCUCUGGCCCUUCUUUCAUUUGCACAUUCAUUAAAACCUAUAGUUCAGACUGUCCUGAAUGCUUAUGAAGGGUAGCAGCAAUCAAUUGUUAAAUGUUUUUAAAAGUGUGAAAUAUAUAGCAAAUCAUAAUCUCCCCAAAGAGCUUCAACAAGCUCGGUAUUGGUGUGGUUGGAAUUGUGACCCUUUUCAUACAUGGACCAGUUGGAUAAAAGAAUGCCUAAUAACAGAAUGUUCCACUCUUGUAGAAUAAAGUCGUACCUUGUUUUGCGACCAGGAUCCGUUCCGGAGCCCCGAACGCUAGACAAAAAGGAUGCACAACAAAGCGCCGCUCUGCGCACACGCGCGGAGUGGUUUAUGCUUCUGCACAUAGCACAAUUUAGCGCUUCUGAACAUGCGCGAGCAGCAAACCCGGAAGUAACCCAUUCCGAUACUUCUGGGUUUGCUGUGGAGGUUCGAUGAAAUGGACGCUCGGCAAGGCGGACUCAAAACGAGGUGCCACUGUAGCUGUGACAAAGCCCUAUUGAAACCCUUCUACUCCAGACUCACUCCUAUUUCACCACCAUGAGCAGUUCUGUCUUUUCUCAUGCGUGCUCCCAGCAAUUCUGUUUUGCACACAGAAGGUGCCUGGUUCAACCCCCAGAAUCUCAAGGUAGGGCUGGGUGACAGUCCCAUCUGAAAUCCUGGAGAGCUGCUGCCGGUCAGUGUGUAGACAAUACUUAGCUAGCUGGGCCAGCGGCCUUGUAAUUAUAUGUGUUCUUAACUGGUAGAAAACCCAAAUGUACCUAGCUCUCUGUCCAUUGUCACAUUUGUGUAGGGCACAGAAUGAACAUACAAAGCUGCAUUUUAUUGGGCCCAUCCAUCCCAAUAUGUUAAUUCUCCAAGGGUUUCCGCUGCCUUAUUACCUGCACGCUGCCUUUGCUUUGUGGCAGGAUAUGCUGGGAAUAUAAUAUGAAGAGCAUUUGUAUGUAAAGCAUAUAGAGCACAGAACUGCAGCCCCCCUGCAGCGUUGCCAUAUGCUGCUGCUGAGUCUAAUGUUGCCAUUUGGGAGGGGCUUAAUUGACUGUUGCUUGCAAGAAAGGCAGAUGAGUGCCAGGUUACUCAUCUGUGUCUUUCUUUCUUCCAUAGACUUAUUUCUCUGUGCUUUUAAGAUGGUAACGCAAGCCUUUAGAGCUUUUGAUUUGCUCCACCUAACACUCCCCUUCUGUACCUGGUUACCAACCUUUUAUUUUAUUUUACAGAAUUUUCCCCCUAGUUGCCUUCUUCAGAUGUUUGAUUUGCUGACAUUAGCAGACGAUGAUAAUAAUUGUCUCCAUCUUUUAACCGUUGCUUAUUUAUGUUGCUGAUCAAGCUGCUGUAAAGGUGCAGAUGAAGUUCAGGGUAUUUUAGUUGACAAACCAAUGUAUGCCUCAACACCUCGGCUGAAUUCUUCUUCUUGCUUAAAACUUUAUUUUUCAGUUUCUGAUAAUACUUGUAAGCAACAACUCCUAGCUUGCUUCCCACUUGCAGAAUACUAACCUCAAUUUCUAAGAGGCUAGUGGUAAGCCUCCAUUCUUAAAUGGUAAUAUGUGAAUUAUGUAUAUAGAUCAUGCAAAUUGUUCACUCAAAUCUUUUGGUCACUUAAGUAUUGCGGAAGUUUUCGGAGAUUUUCCGUUAUGUAUAUCCCACUUUUCUUAAACAAUUCAAAGUAGCUCAAAAGCAAGCUCAGUAAAAAAAGAACAAAUAAAUACAUACAUAGUAUAAUAAGAAUUACACAUCAGCAGAGAGAAGAAAAAUGAAAUCGACAUACUAUUAUCCAGCCAAUAUAACCACAGAGAAGCAGGGAAGAAUCCAUAUCAGAACGAAGACAGAAAAGAGGGCCAACUAACCAUUCUCCAAAAUCUCCUUAGAGAGCCAGGUUUUAAAGCUUCUGAAGGAAGCGUUUGGGCCAGGUGAGCAUCCUUGGGGAGUUCCAAGGGAUGAAACAGGGAUCUGCUAGUAGACAUCUAUUAAAAAGUAGGUUCUUUGAUGUGGAAGGGAAUGAGUAAGAAUAGGGGUUCUUUUUUUUUUUUACAUUUGUAGUUUUGUACAAAAGAAACAGUUGCAAAGUGACUUAACCGCACGAAGCACUACAAAUAAAACAAAACCAGAUAAUUUUAAACACCAAAAUCCAUACCAUGCUCACCCAAUAACAUAUUCAUAAGGAAAAGUCCUACCACUAAAUGGUGAUCAUCACUAUAGGGGCCAAUAUUACCAUUUAUUCUACAUAUUAAUUCCUACACCUCUAAUUCUGUUUACUAUAUAAGCUUAAUCUAGUUGGAUUAAAUUACUCUAGUUUUUUAAAAAAUAUAUAUAUCUUCGUCACGUGUAUCCUGUAUUCGUUUUUAGUGCCGUAUAGCUAUUUUAUUUAUUUAAAAUAUAUUUAGACAUCUCUUCAUUGUAGAGCGAUUUCACAGCAGGGUACAAUUCAAGUAAUAACUGACGUGUACGUAAAGUAGGGUUGCCAUACUUCUGGGAUUGCGAUGAUGGAAUCGGCAAAAUGUCCGGGUUUUGGAAACGUCCCCCCCCCCCAUCUCAGUAACUUUCUUUGAGCGAUUCCCCCCCCCCGCCAAGAAAAAAAAAAUCUCAACAAUUUUUUGUCUCGAUUUUCACUUCUUGAAAUAUGGCAACCCUAAUGUAAAAGCAAUGGCAUAUUAAGGAGAGAGAAAUUAAGAGCCGCAUCAAAAUGUAACCAACCAGGAAGAUGGCGCUGGUUCCAUGGGUGAUUCUGAGUCAACUCCCUGGGACAGUUUAUUGUUGUACAUUGUUUCUAAAUUUAGUGUUGUAUAUUGUUUUAAUUGUCUGUUUUAACCAUAUUUGCACAGCAGUUUUUAACAUUUUGAGUGUCCUCUAUUUAAGAGGCUUCUACUCUGUAGCCUCUUAUAGUUGUUUUAUCUGCAAGUCUUUUAGUUCUUAUGCUCUUACAGUUGUUUUAACUGCGUGUCUUUGUUGGUUUUUAGCUCUUAUCUGUUUUAAUUAUUAGUUUUUUAUCCAUCCAUUAUCUGUGUUUAAUCUUGUAUUUUAUUCGGAUGUUUUAUGCCUGUUUCCUUGUCCUCAUUUGCCCUAACAAUUAUCGGUCAAAAAAUCCUAACUGCUAUUUUAUCUACCGUAUUUUUCCCUCUAUAACACACAGAUUUUUUCUCCUAAAAAGUAAGGGGAAAUGUCUGUGUGUGUUAUUGAGCGAAUGUGUGGUCCCUGGAGCCGACAGGCGCAAGUGAAGGCAAAAAUCAGGCAAAUAUCAAUCGUCCGGAGAAGGGAAGCUUGAAAAGAGGAAGCUGCUGCUUUCCUGCAUUCUUCCUCAGGGUCUUACUGCCCACCCGCUUCUGUUUGUUACUGUGUUUGUUCAAAUGGAAGAAAGAGCAGAGAAAACCCCGCCCCUCCAGGCAAGCAGAGGGGAAAGCAGAGCGUCCUUCCUUCUAAUUCCUCUCCGUGCUCCGGUGCUGCAACAUGCAGGUGGGGGGGGGGGGGAGAGAGAGCUGGCUGGCUUGGGUGGGUGCGUGGGGGGAACUUUUGCCUUCCUUUCCUCCCUCCAGUAAAACCCCUCUCCUGCAUUCUUAGCCAGCUGCUUCUCCGCACACCCCUCUCGGUGCUCCUUGUCCCUUCUAUGUUUUUCCUUCCCUCCCCACUUAAAACGUGGUUACAAAGCACAGAUCCACAUGGAUCCUCAGGAUCUUUGCAUUGGGUCACCCCAAAUUCACCAUCAGAUCACAUAGCAAUGAUCUGAUGCAAAAACAGGGCUGCAGUGGUGCAAAAACAUGGUUACAAAGCACGGAUCCACAUGGAUCCUCAGGAUCUUUGCAUUGGGUCACCCCAAAUUCACCAUCAGAUCACAUAGCAUGUCCAUGGCUACAGCCUGCACCAAAAAAAUCACGCACCCACUGUUGCCUGGGGCUGCAAUGGUGCAAACACGUGGUUACAAGCACGGAUCCACAUGGAUCCUCAGGAUCUUUGCAUUGGGUCACCCCAAUUCAACAUCAGAUCACAUAGCAUGUCCAUGGCUACAGCCUGCACCAAAAAAAUCACGCACCCACUGUUGCCUGGGGCUGCAAUGGUACAAAAACGUGGUUACAAAGCAUGGAUCCACAUGGAUCCUCAGGAUCUUUGCAUUGGGUCACCCCAAAUUCACCAUCAGAUCACAUAGCAUGUCCAUGGCUACAGCCUGCACCAAAAAAAUCACACACCCACUGUUGCCUGGGGCUGCAAUGGUGCAAAAACGUGGUUACAAAGCACAGAUCCACAUGGAUUCUCAGGAUUUUUGCAUUGGGCUACCCCAAACUCACCGUCAAAUCACAUGUCUGUGGCCACAGCAUGAAGCACAAAAAUGAUACAUCCACUGUUUCAUUCAGAAUUCCCCCCCCUUGUUUUCCUCCUCUUAUGGUCAGGUGCGUGUUAUCGAGUGAAAAAUACGGUAUAUGCUUUUUUUAAUCCUGGUCUGUGACCGUAAUAAAGUUCAUUCAUUCAUGUAACCAACCAAUCUUUCAAAGGCCUGUGUGAGCGACAAAGUCUUUAACUGGUAUUGGAAAUUCAACAGUGUUGGCAGCUUCCAUGAAUGUGGAAUUCCAUGAGUCCUGCCCUAGCCGUAAUGACAAGGUUCUGCUUCCACUGUCAGAGGCAGCCGGCAUUCCAGUUGCUGGGAACCACAGAUGGAGAGAUUGCUGUUGCAUCUAGGUCCUGCCUUGGGGCUUCCCAUAGGCAUCUAGCUGGCCACUGAGGAGGGGAUGUUAGACUAGGAUGGGCUUUUACUCGAUCCAGCAAGGCUCUUCUGAUGUUCUUGUGACAGUGAUUAACAGAAUUAUGCUUUCUCAUAUAGUAAAGGUAAAAGUAAAGGUACGCCUGACCAUGAGGUCCAGUCGCAGACAACUCUGGGGUUGCGGUGCUCAUCUUGCUCUAUAGGCCGAGGGAGCCAGCGUUUUUUGUCUGCAGACAGCUUCCGGGUCAUGUGGCUAGCAUGACUUAAGUCGCUUCUGGCGAACCAGAGCAGCGCACGGAAGCGCCAUUUACCUUCCCGUCAGAGCGGUACCUAUUUAUCUACUUGCACUUGACGUGCUUUCGAACUGCUAGGUGGGAAGGAGCAGGGACCGAACAACGGGAGCUCACCCCGUCGCGGGGAUUUGAACCGCCAACCUUCUGAUUGGCAAGCCCUAGGCUCAGUGGUUUAGACCACAGCACCACCCGUGUCCCUUGCGCCACCCACGUCCCUUUUCUCAUAUAGUAAGCACCCCCCCCAAAUUCUGUAACAGUAGCCGUGUUGCAUCUGCUGCAGCAAAAAAGCAUUAGAACAGUACCUUAACAAAAUUAUAUUUUUUAAAAUUUUAUUUUAAAACAAUUUAGCAUGUGUGGCAUAAUCCAGCUUUGUCCAGUUUGCCAUGUGCACAGGCUUAGUGGGGCUUUCUUAUGGGUAAACACACAUUGAAUUAGCCUGUGCCUGCAAUUCCCUGAAUGCUUGUUUGGGAGAAAGCACUACUGAAUUCAUUGGGAUCUACACUGAAGUAAAGACGAUUUUAGCAUGUUGCUGCAUCAUAGUUGCUAUAGGGCACUCUGUUCUUCGUGUGCCAAAAUGAGCGAUUGGCUUUCCUUUUCCCCUUUUUAAAAAUAUAGUUGGAAUUGGUAACAGGUUAUGGAUAUUGUCUUUAUUUAUUUAUUUAUUUAUUUAUUUUGUUUCUGAGCAGAUAUCAAGUCUGUACAACUUGUUGUUUUGCUGUAACUGUUUGACAAUUGGCAAUCAUGAGCGUCAAUGACUUUGUGAUUCUCCCUGGUUCAAAAACUGGAGUCUCUCUAAAACUGAAAGCAAAGUAAGUUCAUUUCCUGUAACUGUCUCAUGUGCUUCGAUAAUCUAUUGGCUUUUUAUGUGCACCAUGAAAGCAAGCUAUUCAUAACUAUGAACAGAGCAAUCACCUGCAUGAUGAGUUCAAUGGUGUUGUUUCUACACACCUAGUUAUGUAUGUAUAGGAUUGCAGCCUAUGGCUACUGUCAUAAAAUAAUUUGCUUGGGAGUUACUUCUGUUGAAACAUAUGGGAUUUGCUUCCAAGUAAAUGGGUUUAAAAUUGCUUGUUUCUGAACCAUGCUGAUCAUAUUAUAUUGUAUACGGGAGGAGGAAAAUCUGAAUUUGGUGUUUGAACUUAAAUCUCUCUUCAGAAGUAUACGAGAGCUGCAGUUGGAGAAGGUUCAGCUGGAACUUGAAAAUAAAGAGAUGGAGAAGACACUUCAGCAGCUACAAUCAAACAUGAGCAGAGAAAAACAAGAGAGAGAGUAGGUGAAAUUUAAUGAUUUGAAAUUAAGAGUGAUGAUUCUAGUGAACCCCUGCUCCCCCGACCCCAACCCCCCACUUUUGGGGACUGAGUUGAGUUGUAUUCCUCAAGAGUUCUUUCUUUAAUUAUUAUUUAAUUUCAAACUCCACCUUUCUGCUGUUUGCACCUGAAGUGUCUUUCAGUGCAAGAAAUCUACACAGGAAAAAUAUCACCAUCUUAAAAUACAUAACAACAUAACUUUAAUAAAAUGGAGCAGGUAGAUAAGAUCGGUUGAAAAAAACAGCAGCCAAUUAAAAUUGCCAACCUCCCCAUUUUCAGUUGGGUAACAGCUGUAAGAUUUCACAUUCCUUUUGUGCUUUUCCUUUUUUUUUAAAAAAAAAACAACAACCAAUAGCUUGUGGCAUGGUUUCCCCCGACACUUAUGUUCACUCCCCAGGGGUGCUCUAUGCUCAGCUGGAAGAAGUCUAAGUGAAAACUUCCAAUUGUUCCUCAUCUGGCCGUAGGGGCAAAGUGGAUUUUAAACUGAAAAGUGGCUUGCCUAUUCAUCUGUGGCAGCAGCAGAUGUAGACGCAUCAAGAUAACCCCCGACUAUGUAUCUGCUUCUGCCCUGUGCUGGCACAUUGCUUUGUAGAAUUGCAGCCUUUGUCUUUUGCUGCUGUUGGGAUUUUGAUACCAGAAUUCAAUUUCAAUCCCCGCUCUCACCCAAUGAACUCUGUUUGGUAUUCUUUCAGGGUGCUUCAUUGUUCAUGAAACGGUCAUUAUCUUUUAAUAGAAUCUCAAUUCUAUAUGAGUUUUAAGUGCAUAUGCAUGCAUUUACAAAAAAACACAAGGAAGUUGUAAUUGUUCUGUAUUUGAUAGAAUCCAUUUAGGCAGUCAAAAUGUUCUGCAGACAAAGCACAACGCUGAAUAUCUGUAACUCUUCUCUUCAAUUCCGAGAGCCACUUUUAUUAACCUCUCUGUAUCUGUUUCUUUUUCUCAGUAAUGUGAAUAAUAAUGCUAACUUUCCUCUCUCAGAAGAGCUUUGCAAGGGUGCAGUCAUUAGUGUUCUGCUGCGCUUAACAAGAUAUAUGGUUCUGUUUAAGUGUUAAGUGUUGCUAAUUGCCUUGGAUCAUAAUCAUUAAUUUCUGCAUCCUUUCUCAGAACAUUUAAUGCUGGAUUCUAGCUAGCAGAAGCUCAUUUUUUAAAAGCAAUGGCACUUCAUUUUUUAGUUCAUAACAAUUUGUUUUGCUGUUCAUUUGCAAAGGAGCAAAAUAGUACUGGAACUGGAAGCAACUAAUAUUCUCUAAAUGGGAUUUUCCCCAGUACAGUCAUACCUCGGGUUGAAUGUGCUUCAGGUUGAGCACUUCUGGGUUUCGCCGCAUGCGCAGACGCUCAAAAUGGUCAUGCGCGGAAGUGGCAAAACGCAACUCGCAAUCGUGUCUUACGUUCUGUUCAGGAUGCGAACGGGGCUCCGGAACGGAUCCGUUCGCAUUCCGAAGUACCACUGUAUGUUGACAGUGUAUUGAAAGUUGGGAAAUGCUAGGUUUAAGAAUCCUGUAAUUUGCAGUGGAUGUGAGGGAACAUGGUCAGGAAAUCAUGACUAGCUGGGGGAGAAAGGCUUCCGUAAUGCAUAAAGCCACCUAGUUUAGUAAUAUCAAAGGCUUGAACCCAAGGUCUUCUUGAUUCAUACCUUACUCAACCUUAUAGUCAUAGUCACCAUGCUACAUCUAGGAAUAUCAGAUAAUUCUAACAAAAUUCAGGAACAGAAAUGGCUGGUGUUCAUUUAGUUGUCCCAUCUUCAGAACGGAGACCAAUCCAUUCUGAAUGCAUUCCUUCCCCUUUUGCAUUACAUUUUUUUCUGCAUUGAAAUGAAUGGGGUGAACUAACAUAAUGACAACGUAGUUUUGCCACAGUGUACAGCAAGACAGAUAAUGUAGUUUUUGAUGGAACUGCAAUAGAACAGAAAAAGUACUGCAUGUGAUGAGUACAGGGCAGAACAGAAAAGAAUGCCUUCAUACAUCCUUAGCUAUACCCAGUGCUUUUUCCCCCUAAUUUUUUUUUAAAGUGUACAGUGGUGCCUCGCAAGACGAAAUUAAUUCGUUCCGCGAGUUUUUUCGUCUAGCGAAUUUUUCGUCUUGCGAAGCACGAAAUCCCAUAGGAAUGCAUUGAAAUUCAAUUAAUGCGUUCCUAUGGUCAAAAAAGUCCAAACAAAGCCAAAUUUGGUACAACAAGAGUUUAUUAAGUGCUCUUUAAAGUCACACAUACUGUAAAGAGCAUUUCAAAAACUGAAGGAACAAUAAAUUAAGUUUCUAAACAUGACAGAAAAACAUUUAAAAAUCAACAAAGUGUACAGUACAUUUUCUAAGACUCUGGGGGGACAACUCGAAGAAGGUUCCUCUUCCACUCUUUGCUUCUUGCUGAAGAACCCCCUCCUCAACUGUUCCCCCAGCCACCCACCACACAGAAAUUCAAAUCCAGAAUUUUUUAAAAAAUACAGCAGAGUGGCCCAAUGGUCACAGAAAAUCAUAAAAAUUCAGAAAAAAACCACACAAGCUUCCAGAUUCUUGCAAACCCCUCCUCAACUGUUCCCCCAGCCACCCACCACACAGAAAUUCAAACCCAGAUUUUUUUUUAAAAAAAAGCAGAGUGGCCCAAUGGUCACAAAAAAUCAUAAAAAUGCAGAAAAAAAACACACAAGCUUCCAGAUUCUUGCAAACCCCUCCCCAACACCAAGUCAUUGAAUUCCAAACACCCCAACCCAAAAUCCAAAAACCCCCAAAAAAGUUUUAAAAGUUUAACUUACCAAAUGGCUGCAAAAGAAGUUUUGGAAAAGCUUCAAAAAUCACCAAAGUCUACAAAAACCUCAAAAAAGGCUACCACACCACGUGCUAUGAGUUGCUCCUCGAAGUCAAGUCGCAACUGCACCUCUUCAAGCGAUGCACCCUGUAUUACUGUAACGGUUUUAAGAAAAAGGAAACAAACUUGCAAGACGUUUUCGUCUUGCGAAGCAAGCCCAUAGGGAAAUUCGUCUUGCGAAGCAGCUCAAAAAACGCAAAACCCUUUCGUCUAGCGAGUUUUUCGUCUUGCGAGGCAUUCAUCUUGCGGGGCACCACUGUAUAGUGGUACCUCGGGUUAAAGCCGCUUCAGGUUACAGACUCCGCUAACCCAGAAAUAGUACCUCGGGUUAAGAACUUCGCUUCAGGAUGAGAACAGAAAUCGUGUGGCGUGACCUCCAGAACGAAUUAAGUUCUUAACCCGAGGUACCACUGUACAGUACUCUCAUUUUCCCAUUCAUAUUGAAAUACUGACCCUCAAUGUGGCCAAACUUAGAUUCACAAAAUGUUUAGGGGUAUGCGUACCUCCAGAAGAAAAGCACUGGGUAGAUCAAUGCAUCUAGUUUGAUGCUUCUGUCUGGUUCAAAGACACAACUAGUGACAUCCGCUGACGGUCAACCAACUUGGCAGUAGAAAUCAGUGGGACUUUUAGUUUUUAUUCUCCUCUGGACUCCCAACAUCUGCAAGGAAGGCUCCUUCAACCCAUUGCAGAUUUCUUUUUGGGGGGCAGGGGUGGAGAGGAUGCUACCCGCUAUUUAAUGUAAAUUACACAACAUACAUAACUAUUUGCAUAACUUAUGUAACUUUACUUUCAUUUCAAAGUAAAAAAAUAAAUCACAAUAAUCUAAAAGCAGUGAUCAAUUAUGUAUUGUUUGUGUUCUUAAAAACAACAAUGUGAAUGGAUACAGAUUGCCUUUGCUUGGCUGACGUCUGUUGCUGACCACAGAUGAACAUGUGAGCUGCAGCAAUUUGCUCUUCCUUUUCUGUUUUUGUUUUAAUUAUCUGACAUCCCUUGAUGAAGCAGCAGGCCCACCUCCCUCUCCAGCCCUUCCUUAAACAGAAAAACCUUCGUUGAACCAAUGGUUGGUGCUGCUUUAAUUGUGAGGAGAAGCCGAGGCCUCGGCAUGGCUGCAAAUGGAUGAAUUCGCUCCCAGUCCCUUCAUGCCAGUAUUGGGAGGAUAGGGUAACAUCCUUUGCCCUGUCAGGCAUGAUGAAAGUCACAUGAGGGGAAGUGGGGUCACCUUGCAAGUCCUGAUCGCUUAGGUGCAUCACUGUUUCCUGCCCGGAGGGUGAAGACUUAAAGACUCCUAUGCAUGUAGAGCAGGCUUCCUCAACCUUGGCCCUCCAGAUGUUUUUGAUUUAUUAUUUGUACCCCGCCCAUCUAGCUGGGUUUCCCCAGCCACUCUGGGCGGCUUCCACAGAGACCAAAAAUACACUAAAAUGUCACACAUUAAAAACUUCCCUGAACAGGGCUGCCUUAAGAUGUCUUCUGAAUGUCAGGUAGUUGUUUAUCGCUUUGACAUCUGAUGGGAGGGCGUUCCACAGGGCGGGCGCCAUGACCGAGAAGGCCCUCUGCCUGGUUCCCUGUAACUUGGCUUCUCGCAGUGAGGGAACCGCCAGAAGGCCCCGGCGCUGGACCUCAGCGUCCGAGCAGAACGAUGGGAGUGGAGACGCUCCUUCAGGUAUACUGGACCGAGGCCAUUUAGGGCUUUAAAGGUCAACACCAACACUUUGAAUUGUGCUCGGAAAUGUACUGGGAGCCAAUGUAGGUGUUAUGUGGUCUCCGCGGCCGCCCCCAGUCACCAAUCUAGCUCCCAUGAGCUCUAGCUAGCAUGACCAGUGGUCAAGGAUGAUGGGAAUUGUAGUCUCAAAACAACUGGAGGGCCAAGUUUGAGGAAGCCUGAUGUAGAGUAAAACUGGCCCACCUUCCUUUCCCGGGGCUGCAUCCCAGCGGUGAGAGGGAAAAGUGGGCGGGACGACAGAUGUGAGCCUUACCUUUGUACAAUGGACUUCGUUUGUGUUAUGGACAGCUGUAUUUUUACACACCUCCCUCCAGGCAAGCACGAGGAUUAUUGCAGUUCAAUGGCAUAAUAAUAAUAAUAAUAAUAGUUUAUUAUUUAUACCCCGCCCAUCUGGCUGGGCUUUCCCGGCCACUCUGGGCGGCUUCCAAAAGAAUAUUAAAAUACUAUAAUACAUCAAACAUUAAAAGCUUCCCGAAACAGGGCUGCCUUCAGAUGUCUUCUAAAAGCCUGGUAGUUGUUGUUCUCUUUGACAUCUGGUGGGAGGGUGUUCCACAGGGAAGGCGCCAUUACCGAGAAGGCCCUCUGCCUGGUUCCCUGUAACUUGGCUUCUCGCAGUGAGGGAACCGCCAGAAGGCCCUCGGUGCUGGACCUCAGUGUCCGGGUAGAACGAUGGGGGUGGAGACGCUCCUUCAGAUAUACUGGACCAAGGCCGUUUAGGGCUUUAAAGGUCAGCACCAACACUUUGAAUUGUGCUUGGAAACGUACUGGGAGCCAAUGUAGGUCUUUCAAGACCGGUGUUAUGUGGUCUCUGCGGCCGCUCCCAGUCACCAGUCUAGCUGCCGCGUUCUGGAUUAGUUGUAGUUUCCGGUAAAGGAAAAGCACUUCAGGGGUGUCAUGGAAGCAGGACCAGGGUGAGGUAUGGCAUGGGGAGAGGCCCAGAGGGCAGCUAGGGAGGCCUGGAGGGCUUCAUCCAGCCCCUUAGGCCUGAGAUUCUGCAUUCCAGUUGUGGAGACUCCCUGCAUAGUAUAAUAAUAUGAAUUGCACUCCACUCUCCCUCUUGUGAUUUUCAUUAUGUGAACAAAGAAUGCCAGAAUAGGUCUUCUUUUUUAUUGAUGCUUUUUAUUUUAUUAAAACCCAUUGCCUAUUAUUCAAAAAUAGCAUAGCAGCCAGCUAAGACAGACACACUCAUUUUAAUUAAUACAUGAGCAGUAAUAACAAUAAUGAAUUCAGCAGCAGGCCAUACUAAUGGGCCACGAAGGCCUCAGUUGUGCCAAAAACACAUUACAGCUGGUGUUUGUCAGAUUUCUAUUCCAAAGGUAAAGCAUCUAGGAAACCACCCCCUCCAACAAUACUUCUGUUUCCCUGUUUUUAGAAGUUUACUUUUGGUAUUGGCAGGGUGGGGGGAAAGGAGAGCAGUAAAAAUUUCUCUUCUUAAUCUGAAAGCAUGUACAAAUGCAGUUUUGGAACUUUUAUAGACGAGCAAGUGGAUAUCGCUGGAAAUCAGGCCAAGCUGGCCUGGGCAUGCAGCCCCAACUGUUGUUGCAGAACAAAGAGAAUGUUGGAAAGGUAAGACUCUCACUAGAAUUCCAAUAAGGUAGGCUUAUUGUAACUUAGGGUGUUGUUCAAAUGGUUGCUAACUCUGCAAAGCCAUUAAUUGAACCGUUUCCCCCAUCUCUGUUGUACCACCUUUCAAGGAAAUGGAGAAGGGCGAUGUUUUUCUUUUCCUCCUAUGAAGAAGUUUGCUUUGAAUAUUGCAGAAACCACCUAAAAAUGACUCUUAGCUUGUAGCUUCAUUGAAUUUCAGGGUUGCAACGGAUUGAAGUUAUUUUCACCAAUGAAAAACACAUCAGAAUUAUUAUGCCUUUAUUCCACGUUAUGCUUUCUUGUUCUUGGGUAUGUUUUCAUUGUUCAUUUUAUUUUUCUUUCUUUCUUGCUGUUCUGCCAGUGUUUUUCUGUCCACCAGCUGCUGCUGCAAUUGCACGAUGAGAGAAAAAGGGUUUUCAAAGUUGUUACGAAUGCAAGGCUUGCAGUGGGGGGGGGGGAGAUAAGACACUGCAUUUGCAGUUAUUGAUGUACUUGAUAGUAUUUUCCAGCCCUCCUAGGCUGAUUCAUAUGGCAACUUUUGAGGAUUUUUUAAAAAAACCAUUUUGGGUAGUAUUUUUUUUUUUUUUAAUCAACCAGCACUGAAUGUGAAUCAACCUUUUGGAGAAGCAAUCUUCUGAGCAUGGUUGUGCAUCCAGAUUCUGAUUUUCUGGGCCGCAUUGUAAAAUGCUUCAAAACUGUCUGUUGCAUGAUGUGGAAAUAAGUCUGACUACUUGGACAACUAUGUUCCACAUGCAUGCUAACAUGAGAUGAAUAGAAAACAGUCAGUAUGACCAAAAAUGACAUUAAAAUCAGCCCAGAUUUUAAAUCAUGUCUAACAUAACUCUUUGCUUUUUAUUUUAACUAGGUUUCAUCAGGCAAGAUAAAACUAAGAAUACUCAAAGAACAAAUUCCAGGUAAAAGGAUGCUAGUGUUGGAAAAACUGUCAUAGGAAUAUAGAUAACUGCCUUGUACCAAGUCAGACUAUUGGUCCAUUUAGCUCAGUAUAGUCAACACUGUGUGGCAACACUGUCUGGCUCUAUAAUAAUAAUAAUGAUAAUUUAUUAUUUAUACCCUGCCCAUCUGGCUGGGUUUCCCCAGUCACUCUGAGCGGCUCCCAACAGAAUCUAUGAUAAUAAUAAUAAUGAAGUGAUAAAACAUCAGCCAUUAAAAGCUUCCCUAAAGAAGGCUGCCUUCAGGUGUCUUCUAAAAGUCAGAUAGUUGUUUAUUUCCUUGACAUUUGAUGGGAGGGUGUUCCACAGGGUGGGCGCCACUACUGAGAAGGCCCUCUGCCUGGUUCCCUGUAACCUCACUUCUCGCAGUGAGGGAACUGCCAGAAGGCCCUCAGAGCUGGACUUCAGUGUCUGGGCUGAACGAUGGGGGUGGAGACGCUCCUUCCGGUAUACUGCGCUGAAGUUGUUUAGGGCUUUAAAGGUCAGCACCAACACUUUGAAUUGUGUUUGGAAACAUACUGAGAGCCAAUGUAGGUCUUUCAAGACUGGUGUUAUAUGGUCUCGGUGGCCACCCCCAGUCGCCUGUCUCGCUGCCGCAUUCUGGAUUAGUAGUAGUUUCCGGGUCACCUUCAAAGGUCGCCGCACAUUGCAGUAGUCCAAGCGGGAGAUAACCAGAGCAUGCACUACUUUGGCGAGACAGUCUGUGGGUAGGUAAAACAAAAUUUAAAAAUUCCUUCCAGUAGCACCUUACAUGCACACGAAAGCUCAUACCAAUAACAAACUUAGUUGGUCUCUAAGGUGCUACUGGAAGGAAUUUUUAAAUUUUGUUUUGACUAUGGCAUACCACCACGGCUACCUACCUGUAACUAGAACUGUGGUUAGGUAGUGUCUCAGCCUGCAUACCAGAUGGAGCUGGACACAGAAUUGACCUGCACCUUCAUGGACAGCUGUGAGUCCAAAAUGACUCUCCUGGGUUUGGGGCAGGAGUCCUUCUCAGCCCAAACUGAGACCUGUGACACUUUGCAUGAAAAACAGGUGCCUUACUACUGAGCUAUGAUCUUUCCCCAGGGUUUUCAUUAUACCUUGUAAUCAAGUUACAUUGAAAACUUCGGCUAAUGGUUAGACCUUGACAAAAUACAUACUUUUGAAAAGUGGCUACCCAUUUAAAUAAAUAAAUACAUAAAUUGAGCUUUGGGGGAACUUUUGGUCAGUAUCUGUGGAAUUCAGUUUUAAGGAUUAACACGAGACUCUGGAAUACGGGAGAAGUAUCCUUCUCCAAUCUUGAUAAUCGGCCCAUUGACCUACUGCCCAAAUAAACCUAACAAGUUGCAUAAGCCAUAAGGAAUACACUGAAAAAAUCUUAUUAUAAAUUGAGGUACAUCAGAUAUUUUUAGAACUUUCAGUGCCUCAGACUAUUUUGAAGUCUUGUUAUAAUUAUAACACACUUGCAGCCAUAUAGCUGCCUUCCUGACAUCAGCAUUGCUAGAGCUUUAGUCAGUGUUGUUUGUCAUUCCCCGAGUUCACGAGGCUCGUUUGAUGGCAGCAAGAAAACCAAGCCUUUAGUUUCCAAGGCUCAGUUUUUUGGAAUACUCUUGCCAAUAGAGGUUCAACCGACACCUUCUGUUUCGACUUUUAAACAUUCACAGAAAAAAAUUCUAUUCUGUCAGGCUCAUGCAGGCAGUUGCGAAUAUAUCUUUCAGCAAUAGUUUGUUGGUUUUCGAAUUUAAAAUGUUUAUAUGGCUGUUUGAUUUUACAUAAACAGUGGUACCUCGGAAGUCAAAUGGAAUCCGUUGCGGUAGUCCGUUUGACUUCCAAAACGUUUGGAAACCAAGGUGCGGCUUCCGAUUGGCUGUGGGAAGCUCCUGCGGCCAAUUGGAAGCUGUGGAAGCUGCGUCAGAUGUUUGGGUUCCAAAGAACGUUUGCAAACUGGAACACUCACUUCCGGGUUUGCGGCAUUCGGGAGCCAAAACGUUCGACUCGCAAGGCAUUUGGGAUCCAAGGUACAACUGUAUACUGCUGUAAACCGCUUUGAUACUUAUUAUGAGAAGUGAUCAAUAAAUAUUUUUAUAAAUAAGGCAAGCCUACCUGGAUGGCGUGGGGGCAGGGCAUCAGUGUGGUUAGGGCUGCAUGGAUGCAAUGGAGCAGCCAAUUUGCUUCAUGGCCCCAACCUCACCACCAUCCAGGGAAGCUGUAGUGACACCCGAGUCAGGAGAGCAGAUCUAAGGGUCUCUCUUGCCACACCAGCCAUUAUUGUUAAAAUGACUUGCAGUUAAGUAAUAAAAUUGUAGCCUGAAGUCUUUGCCAUCCAACUGGGAUGUUUUUAUCUGAACACAAACAAGCUCUUGCCUUGUUACUUCAUUUUUAUCUAGUGAUCUAACAGUAUCCUAUAAACCUGUGGGUUUUUUAAUUCUCUGAGUCCACAUGUGCACUGUGGUUUGUCCAGAUGCUUCCACCUCUCAUACAGAGCAUUCCCCAUUGGUGCCUCGUUUUAAUCCACGCUCUGUACAGUUUAUGGCUUAAAGCAACAACAGCAACAAUGCUCUACUACAUUUUGCAGCUCCAGAGCCAGCUAAGCAGCCGCUUGCAAGUAAAGUAGCAAAAGAUGCAGCCCCUGAAAAGCCCAAAGUGAAGGGAAAGGCAUGUGGGCAGUGUGAGACAAAGACUGCGCUCUUGGUAAGUACGUGAAAGAAAGGAAGAAUAGCCGCACUUGUUAGUUCAGUGUGCUCUUGAAAUAUUUUAAAAAUAUUUCUCUGUGGUGGGGUUUUGUUUAAUGCCUAUGAAGGCUAGUAAGUACCUCUGUAUUGAAUAAAAUACUAUCACUGUUUGCAUUUCAGACUAGCCCCUUCAUAAAGAGGAGGUUAAAAUACCUGUCCUAUAUUGUUCAGACGAUUCAGACAUUAUUCUACAAUCUCUCUGCCCCAUCCUCCCAGUAAUUCAUACUAUACUGUGUUCAUAUCUGUUUCCUGUCUUGCUUCCUUAAUACCAUAGUGGGGCCUACUAAUAUAAUGUAUUUUGCAUAUAGAUCCCAUACAGUUGCCUUUUUCCAUGCCCAACCCAUCUUCAAUAGAUCACAUAGUUGUGGAAUCUAUAGAACAGGGACGUCCAACUCCCAACAGACAGCGAUCUACUCACAGUAUAAAAAAACUGGCAGUGAUCUACCCAUUGUCGUUGAAUGGACCAAUAUAGAACAUAGUGAUCAUUAAUAGGAACAUGAAUUCUGAUUUUAUCAUUUCACCUCAUUUUAAGCUUCCCUUCCUGCAUACCAUGACUAUGAUUAAGUGAUAUACAAAUGGUUGAAAUUUAAAGGAAAACAUUACAAUUGUCGAACUUGUUUUGCUGCUUAUGUGAGACACAGUGCUGUGUUCUUUUAGCCUUUUCUGUCAAGCUGUUCAAACCUCCACACUAUUGUAAGGUGUAUAUGGCUUCCCAAAACUUAGAGAGUUAUCUGGCUGAUCUGGAUGCCAUCCUGUUGAUAGCAAAGGCUUCUUCACUCUGCCAGCCUUGGAGCUGGUGCAGCGAGUGGGUAUUUUUUCCUGCCCAUCUUUCCACCCUGGCCACUAUGAGUGGCAGGGCUAAGAGAGCAGUGCUGGCUUUGACUCUCCAUCAAGCCCCACCCCCAAGUUAGCUUAAAACUUGAACUUUCAUUCAGAUCCAUGAGACUUGACUUAGUCACGGCUAACCUGCCCCCUCUGAUUUCAAUGCGGGAUCUGACAAAGGCGAUUCCACUGGAAGGGGGCUACUAACUAAGAGUGCAACACCAUCAAGAAGGCCUCCACAACUGAGUCCUUCAAUGCUCAGACAGUAGGGAGAGAGGCACUCCGGAAAGCAAGUCCCAAAUUAUUUGGGGCUUUCUAAAUAAUCUGGCUCCCAUGCAGCAAAAGACGCAAGAAGUGCAUGUGCUAUAAAAUGCCUAGAAAGGCCCUUAAGAUAAUGUUUAUAAUAAAUCAACGGAGAAAACGUUUAAUCCCAAGUUUGGUCUGUUUAAAAUGUAAGCUUCCCCCAGAUAGAUGCAGACAAUGGCACAAUAAUUUGUUUAGGUGAGAUAGAGUUGUACCUAAUUGGGGUGACGUUUUAAUUAAAGUGACAGCCUGGCUGAACACCAGUUGCAAACUUGAAAUCCCACUUCACACUUGUCACUUUCUGCCUUCAGUUUUUAGCUUCCCAUCGUGAGCUGUGAUGAGACAAUGAAAGCUGUGUUAUUAACCUUAGGCUACAAUCUUAUAUGCACACUUCCCUGGGACUUAGGUCUCAACGAACUCAGUAGGGCUUUCUUCAGAUAGACAUGCAGAGAGCUUUGCUGCUAGUUCAUGUUUAUGCCUUCAUUUUCUUUUUUUCAAGGUGUGCUUAGAGUGCGGAGAAGAUUACUGUCCUAGCUGCUUUGCCAGAGUGCACCAGAAGGGGGCACUUAAGCUCCACAGAACUACUUCUUUGCAGGUAUGUUGCUUUCAAAAGUUUUUAUGUUAUGAUUGUACAAUAAUCCUCUCGAAGGAGGCACACAUCUCAUUGCCAUUAUUAUUAUCACAAUUCCAGGAGCUCCUUUAGUUGUCCCAUGUAGAAAUCCUUUUGUUGGGAUCCUUUUCUGCAUUUAUUAUUUUCUGCUUUUUUAUUCAUUCAUUCAUUCAUUCAUUUAAUUUAUUUAUUUAUGCUUGCAAUUCCAGGAGCUUCUUUAGUUGUCGUACCUUUUUGCUGUGCUGAGGUCAUUUUUUCUGCAUUUAUUCUUAGACAAAUUGCUUAUAUAGAAACAACUGUUUAUAUAGAAACAAUUACAAACCAACUGAAAACUCAGAAGACAAGACUGGAAAUGUGUGACCAUAAUUAGGUUUUUAAAGAAGGUGAUUGACACUUAUCAGGUGAUUGUCGAAGUGGCUGUAACUGCAAAUCAACAGGCCUUCAGAGAAGCUCUCUGACGACUAGCUGAUUCUCAGAGGGAGGCCCUUUGAGUCUUUGUAGAGAGGUGAAUGCUGCUAAAACAGAAGCAUUUUUCCUCUCUGCAUAGAAAGCAGUGUGUGUGCGAAAUGUUGGGGAAGCGCAUGAGAAUGCACAGUAUGCUGGGGUGCAACAGUGGGAAAGGGAUUUGCCUCUGGACCCUACUUUUGGGGUUCCUGGAGGUAUCUGGCUGGCAGCUAUGAGGAGGAAUAUGCUACACUGGGUGGGCCUUUGGUCUGAUCCAGGGGGGCUCUUGUUCCAUCCUUGAUUGCCACAGUAUCUCAUGCCAUUGUUCCACCAAGCAUGACUCAAAGCCAUCCAGGAAUGUGGCUUAACAACACUUAUGAUGCGCUGUUGAGUGAAACUGUAUACAUCACAAUACGGUCAUCAACAGUAGCAGAGACUGUCUCUGAAAGGUGGAGUUGAGAGUUUGUUGUCUGAACCUUAGCAAAUAGUAUAGGAAAUUGGCUUGUCAUCCGGUGGAGGAGAGGGAGCUGAAAUAAGGCUCCAUAAUAGACGUUAACAAGCUCCUGUACCUGCCGUAAGUUAUCCCCCAGUGACCAAAGGCAUAACGUUUGAAGAUUUAGUGCAUUCAGCACUACAAAACGCAAUCUGUUUCCAAAUACAUGGCAUUGCCACAGUUCUGGUGCAGAAAUUCUGGGGCAUGUAAUUGUACAAAGGGGGAAAGAAUUGGCAACAUUAAAGGGUCAGAAAAGAAGAAAAGGGAGAAGUUAAUGUCCUCAAAGUUGUACACAGGGAGGGGACAGGGCCUCUGAAAGGGAAAAUGAAAAAUGGGGAGGUGGCUGGAGAGAGUAUAAGCUUUAUCCUUUGCAGGGAAAUAAAGGAGAAUUAAUAACAUUUUUUCCAUCAACUUUUCUCUUGCCAUAUGUAGCCUUGCUUUGUGAUCUGAUUGGAGACUUUAGGAUGCAGUUCCUCACCCUUCCAUGAAAUAUUUUUAACUGAUUUUUCCUCCUUUGCCUUAUUUCAGAGUGAAGUUUGCUACCCUUUAAUGCAGUCUGAUGUUUCUUUUUUUAAAAAUAAUAAUAGUGAUAAUAAUUAUAAUAACAACAAUUAUCUGAAUGAGCAUGAGGGGACACUUGCAUGGCCUAGAAGUGACACUUGUAGUUUAUUUGCCUUUCUGUUUUUUAUUGCCAAAAACAAAUUCUCAAAGCAUUUGCUACUCUGCUACUCCCAAAGAAUAGCUAAGGGUGCCUCCGUGCAUGUAGAAAAGAAUGAGGACAGAUGUAUAAGAGAGAGAGAGAGAAUCUAAAAGUCAGCAGAGUCGAGAAAGUCAGAUGCUGAACAUAACAGGCAACGCAAAGCAAAGCAAUUAGACUGCCUCUUCGUAACAUAAAAGAGUAUUCACUAAUUCCUACAGAAGAGAGAAAGAAUUUACACAGUGCGUUACUGGGGCUGUUGAUUCUGUUGGAGCAUCUGCUUGGAGUACUGCUCUCCAAAGCUUGGACGAGGAAUGAUUAGUGGCUCCAGUUCAUCAUCUGCCACAUGGAUAUGCAAUACAACACCCUGUUACCUGUAGAAUUGACUUGAAUAUUCUCCAGUUAGUUUUUUUUAAGUAGCCGCAGACCAUUUUUGCGGAUUCACAUGCACACAUGAAACAACAGCUUCGUUGAAUAUUUGCCUUUUUUAUCCUGUUCGUUUCAUUGGACUGAAUCACACAUGAUUUUUCUGAUUGUGCAGUCUCCUGGUAGGGGAGUUGGUAUAUGUGCCAUAGGCUUGUAUGAUCCCUCCUUCCCUUAAUCCAGGGUUCAGCAAACUUUUUCAGCACGGGGCCAGUCCACUGUUCCUCAGACCUUGUUGGGGGCCGGAUUAUAUUUUGAAAAAAAUAUAUGAACGAAUUCCUAUGCCCCACAAAUAACCCAGAGAUGCAUUUUAAAUAAAAGGACACAUUCUACUCAUGUAAAAACACGCUGAUUCCUGGACCGUCCACGGGCCGGAAUUAGAAAGUAAUGAUGAUGAUAAUGAUAAUGAUAAUGAUAAUGAUAAUGAUUAUUAUUAUUAUUAUUAAUUUAUUUAUACCCUGCCCAUCUGACUGGGUUUCCCCAGCCACUCUGGGCAGCUUCCAACAAAAUAUUAAAAUAUAAUAGUCUGUCAAACAUUAAAUAAUAGUCUGUCAAACAUUAAAAGCUUCCCUAAAGAGGGCUGCCUUCAGAUGUCUUCUAAAAGUCUGGUAGUUGUUUUUCUCUUUGACAACUGGUGGGAGGGCGUUCCACAGGGCGGGUGCCACUACCGAAAAGACCCUCUUCCCUGGUUCCCACUUCUAGGCCAUGAUUGGGCCAGAUUCAGCCCCCUGGCCUUAGUUUGCCUACCCAUUCCUUAAACACUCCCAAGAGUCAGUUAAAAAAAAAAAAAAGAUCAGUCAAGCUGAACUUUGCCAUUACAUUUGUACUGGCCAUCUAUGACUUGGGUUUGUCCUCCAAAUUAGGACCAGGAAUCGUACAUGGAAGCUGGUUUCUAGUCCUGUUUGGGAGAGAGCAAGUGCAAAGAUAGUUUGCCAGUUCAGUUGCAAAAGAACCAGGAAGUAGCAAAUGUGAGUCUGAGCGCAUGAAGGGAGGAAGGAGCACAUAAAAUGCUAUGUUCUCAGUCUUCCAAACCAUUGUUUGGAGAACUGGACAUGUUAUAUGUGAACCAGCCUGUGCAUUCUCUGACUGCUGUUUCAAUACUAUUUUCUCCCAUUACAUGCUUCUGCUGGUAAUUUCUGCUUCUACACAAACUAUUGCUGAAUGAUAAAUCCCUAGUCUUACUAUUUCUAUCUUGCUUUUCGUCGAGUGAUGAUAGCCUAGAUUAUGUUCCAAAACAUUUCAGCAAUGUGUAGACAGUUGCCUCUUCGAUUGUCUACUUCUGAUCCUUCUCCACUCGACUCACUCUUGAAACAAUGGGUGAAAUUCCUGGGAACAGGGAUUUUUUUUGGAAAUCCAGAAUAGAAGCCUCCAAGUGCAAUAGAAAUGCCUAGUUGACUACAUCUACUUACAGGAGUUGGGGAACCUUUGGCCGUCUAGAUGUUGCUAAGCUGAUGCUCCUUUCAGCCCUAGCAAGCAUGGCCAAUGAUCAGGGAUGAUGGGAGUUUGGAUACAUUUAGAUGGCCAGAGAUUUCCCAUACCUGAUCUGCUAUUUUGUGUACUGCAAUAGAAGAUCCAGGCAGCAUACCUGUAGUCUCCUCUUGUUGGUUAUGCAAAAUAUCUGUUUUUGUUUUGAAUUCAACAUAUUACUUACUUUUUUUCUGUAGGCAAAAGCACGUAUACCAGUAAGGAAAUUGGAGGCUGCUCAGCAGUUCCUGAAAACAAUAAAUCCUGAGGAACCUAAUGGCCGCAUAAAUAGUGGACUGAAGAAGGAAGUUAAUGAUAUAUUAGUGAAUACUUCAGACAUUCCUUCACCUUUACCAAAAAUGCCAGCCUACAAUAUUGAGGUAAUUCAGGAAAUUUACCAUCUGAAGUGUUGUGUGUUUUAAAUUCUACGGAAAUUUCUCUUUCAGAAUCACAGCAAAAAGCUGGCCUUUUAAUUGUUAUGGUAUGGAUGCCAGCCAGUCAAAGAAACCGUUUAUUGAGGGUGUGGUUAAUUUUCUAGGCAUUUUCAGUCCCAGGAAUUGAUUCUGGAAAUCUUAGGAUUCUCUCCUUGGGGGAGAAUAAGGGGAGGAUUUUUGACCUCUUGAAUUGUUCCAUUAGUUAGAAUGCUAUUUUUUUGAAGGGGUAUGGCUAUAUACUUAUAGUUCAUUUGAUGGUUCUAGAGGCCAUUGUACACUAUUCUUUGCUGAGAGUGAGAAUUACUAGAACUUUUUUCCUAGAGGAGGAGCCACCAUCCCUGCUUUCCCAGAAUGGCUGUACCUUCAGAGCUGAGAGUUUAUGCUUGGGUCAGGAUCUGGUCCCCCCCGCUCCCUAACCAGCACUUUGAUUUCUCUCUCUCUCUCUUUUCAGGAGUCUUUCUGUUUUUCAUCUUGCUCAGUCCUGUCCCUUUUAAUUAGAUGCAUGGACUGGGAUUUUGUUACAAGUCAAGGGAACCCCAAAACACUUUGGUUGAUUCUUUGGUUAUAUUGCACAUCACACCUCCUGGGGCAGUGUUCUGUGUUUUUUUGGCUGCUAAUUCUUUCCAUAGUUUUCCUUAAAAUUAAGGGGAUGGAUGGGUGGGAAUAUUCCUUAGCUGCCAGUCGGUCUGGAUGGCAGGGGGAAAAAAAUCCAGCAGAAAAAAAUCUAGUGACUCUAGGAGGCACCAUUCCCAAUAUUGCACAGUGCCAUCCAGAAGCAACAGAAGUUAACCCAGUAAGAAAAGUCCAUUUCCCCUCUGUUUCCAAGUAUUUCACUGGAUUUGAGUAUGCAUAACUGUACUGCAUUAGGGCCAUUGUGGUCAUAUAUAGAGAUUUCCUAAUGCGGUCUUGAAUUGCAUUAGUGAUAACUUGGUCCAUUUUGAAGCUUACAUACCAGACUUACUCCACGUUACUCUAUUCUAAAUACCUGAUUUCCUUAAAUUCGGGAAGCUUUAUAUAUUCCAAGCGUUUGGUAUAAAACAGGUUUGUGACCUACUGGCAUACUGGGAUGUAUCAGAAAUGGGUGAAUUUUGGUUAACCCAGAUUAAUUCUCGAAAUUAAUUCAGGAAGCAUCUACAGAACCUUAUGUGGAGGAUAGGCCUGAGAGCCAGAGUGGUGGGUCUUUACUGCAUGGUGUGUUUGACGAAGAAGAAUCUGCAAAGUCUUUUCAGGAAGCUCUGAAUCAGUGGAGAAGUAGAAAUCACUGUCAGAAAUCUAAGGAAGAACGUUCCUGUCAGGUUGGACCAGGUAAGGAUUAAUAAUUGCUACAUAAUAUUUGGAAAAGAAAGCUGAUCUAGCUUACAUUCUAAGUAUUCCACAUGACACAAGGAUAGGUCAGUAUUUGACUUGUGAAUGAUGACAGCGAUUGUCCAAAAAGUGGGGAAAUAUUUAAAUAAAUUCCUGGGCAUGAACUGAUAUAAGGGACACCUCACUGCCUUGAUUACUUGUGGGGCUUAGCCUACACAUUUGGCUUGCAAUUUCCGUGCAUUGUGCAAGGGCUGCACUAAUGCGUGUUGCAUUUUAUGCUAUUAAAUAUUAUCAAUUCUGAAUUAUUUUCUUAGUAUUGUUAAUCCCAUUGGUUCUGCCAGAGCUGUAGAGCUACUGUUGGCAAAUUAAUGUGAGUGAUGUCCUAAUAUGUUUGAAUGGUUGCUGAUAGUUUUCUCUAUAUUGUUAUAGAAAAUACUGGUUCCUGUCAAGUGCAGACAAGCCCUCCAGUUGCGAAGAAAGCUAUGGAAAUUGAAUUCAAGGAAGAUGGCUUGAAGUAUAUGGAAAGAUUAUUGAUUAAGAAGCAUAGAAGGUAUUCGCUGGAUUGCUGCAAUACACAAGGGACUUUAAUCUAAUUGCUUAUUCUAAAAUAGUGUAAUCAAAGUAUUCAGGCAGUAAUAUUGGAAAAUACUCCUUCAUAGGGAAAGGAGUUGCUGAUUUAGAAUGUUUAUUGGGAAUGACUUUAUGGAUGUCAAGGUAACUUAGGGUAUAAUGUUACCAAUAAUUCUGAAAGUGUUGAAAGUGAAAGUGUUGUGAAGGGUUGCAAUUUUUUUAAUUGAACUUGAUUUAUCUCAGUAGAUGCUGGCCCACUUUGCAUGUAGCGCUAAGCCAAACCAUGGCUUUCUACAAGCAGAAGUGUGUGGUUCCCUCAAGAGGAAAUCACAUCCCCUUUGCACCUCCUCUGAUCCUGCUGCUGCUGCUGCUGCUGCUCUACCAGGGCUAAACCAUGGUUUGGCUUAGCAUGUCAUCGAAACCCGGGCAGGUUAUUUGUCACACACCAGACGAAUCGGGAGCUGAAACCAAGGUUUGUUCUUGGUUUUCAUCUUGUGAUUUGUCCAAAGGAGAUAAACCAUGAAGCCUGGGUUCUGACGACACGCUAAGAACCAAACCAUUGUUUAACUCACAGUAGCAGGACCAGAGGAAGAGCAAAACAGCUUUGGUCUCUCUGGGAUCCUGCAUGUUUGUUCUGCACCAUGGUUUGCCUUUGUGUUGUGACUGAGACUCAGCAAAAGACCCAGUCUGGAAGUAGAUAACCAUUGUGAGAAGUCAGGAUCAGUUUUCUCACAUUCUCUGUGCAUACCAAAAAGAGUAACAGUGUGAUAAUAGGCUUGCAGUUUUCAAGCAUUUUCCUCCUCUUUGUUUUUUAUAGAACUCCAGUUGAUAAGUUGCCAGAUAGUAUUAUAACAGAUGAACUGAAACUUGAAAAGCCGCAGAUUAAUGAACCUGAUGACACUUGGGUUGGAGGAGAGGAUGAUGAUGAUGAAGACGAUGAUGAUAUAGCAUUUGCUCGUUUUGAAGGUUUGCUGGGCUUCUCAAUCCGUUAUAGAGUACUUUUAUGCUCCCAGUGGCAAGCUACAUCAAGAAUCUGAAUGGCUAAUCAGGUUUAUGGAAUAAUUGCAAUUGGGACAUACUGAAUUCCCAAAAAGCGAUUUGACAAUUUACAAAGUUAAAUUAAGAUGCAGUUGCACCAACACGCAAAUGGUGGUAUGGAAAGUUGGGAGUGUGAGGUGAAGCUAUUGUGCAGCCAUUUCAUUCCUUGCCCAGAAAGGAUAAUAUCUGAAGUACAUUAACCCACUCUCUCCAUAUGAAAAUGGUUGUGUCACCCAGUCCUGAGCGAUGCAGGAAUUGAGAAGGUUGGGCUUGACAAAAGCCAGCUAUUGCAAAUGUAUUUUUCUUCAGUUUGUGAGAUCUUAAUACCCUUUCAGUGCUUCCAGUCUGCAAAGUUUGUAGAUACAGGGUGCUUUAAUAUUUCCUUUUUUGUUUGUUUGCCAACUCCACACGGCUGAUAAAAUCUGGUAGGAGACAAGUGAAUAUGGGUGUCCUUAGAACCAGUGAAUUUAGGGGUGUUUAGGUGAUUGUUCUUGAGAAAGGCUCUUGGCUUUUCCCUCAAAAACUUCAUGUGUCGGUUACAUAUUACACUGUAAUAUUAGAAAUGAAACUGGAAAUACAUUGUCCAGGCGAGUCCUUAAAAUUUUUCCUUUCUCCAGACAAUCCCUUGUUACCAACCUUAUCCAGAUUAGUUAAUCCAUAAUGGGGUUUGGGUUUUUUUUUUGUCUCUGGCUCCAUCCAUCGCUCUGCCCACCGCACUUACUUUUCUUGUGAAAUUAUACUGCUGUUGAGCCAUCAUCGUAUCCUUUUGAUUCUCCGUGUUUUCAGCAUUUCCCCCCCAUUCACUGAGCUGUUAUCACACAUUGUUACUACAGAUAGGGAUGUUCCUGCUUAGCACAAUGCGUACUAUCCUAAUGGUUUCAAUUAUUCACACCUAGAACAAGAGGCAAGAGAAUACCUUGCCAUUAGCGCUUCCUCAACAGACUGGAAUGCCUGGCACUGCAAUUUCGCAGCUGUGUUAGAACAAUUAUUUAGUACAAAUCUAAAAUACAAACACUGGCAGAGUUUUAAUUUUUAAUUCCAGCUAAAGAAAUGAAAAAGUACUGGGCAGAUGUUUCCAAAGGAGAAGAGCCUGAGGCACUUCUUGCAAACAUUGAGCCCUCUCUGGAAAUCAGGGUCCUUGAAGACGUAAGUGUUUUAUUGCCUGGCUAGUUCAAGUUCAGUUUCAUUUGUUGCACUUAGUAGACUUCACAAAAUAUACAGUAGCAUAAAUGUGUACAAAUGGGAUUGCCCACCACAUAAAAUUUCCUUUGUCUGCAUUCCCGUGACAGUUAACUUGACAGGCUUGUUUUAGCAAACCCACAGUUGACCGCAGUAGCACGAAGCGAGGUGAGAAGAACACAAAUAAUCUAAGCAGAGCUGAACACUGGUAACAUUAACAGCAGUUAAAGCAGAAAAUAAAUAAAUAUGGGAUCUGUUGCAUUACAGGCUUGUCAGGAGGAAGAAAUAUGGACAUGAGUUUGAGAAGUGGUUGCAAAAUGCAUAAUAUACAGCAUUAAUGGCCCAUCUUUCUAACAAAUAUUCAGGGCAGUUAGAGCUGGAUUGCAUUACAAGCCCAAAUGUUUCUGCGUUGUUUAUGUGUUAACUUUACGUAUCCAUUCUUUUAAUGAAUGCAGCCAAGACAGCAGAACAUUUUCAUGGAUGCCUUGGCAUCAUCUGAUGGCAUAAAUUUAGCCAAUAUUUUUUGCUACCUUUUGAGUCAGGGCUUAUUUUGGGUACCCUGGAAUAUGCUAAAUAAUGUGCACCAAGAGUGUGCUCUUUUUAAGUUACAGAGAGUGCCUUGGUUAUAUCAGCGAAAAAGCAAACUCAGCCCUUGUGGCUGGGAUUAAGAGGAUGGGUCUAUAGGUCCAGGGGACCCCCUGAAUUAUAGCCUCUGUCAUAUUAGAAGGAAAGUGCAGAAUGAGCUCUAUUUAUACCCUACCUACUUAUGCUGUGAAGGCACAGCUGACUAUGCUGGACCAAACAGGUCAUUGAUUUUUAUAACAAUUCUUGUGGCUUCUGCUUCGAUGAAAUGGAUUUGCCCAGUCAACAAGCGUAAAAUGAAUGCACUGUACUAAAACUAUUUUCUACACAGGCUUAUUAUUAAGAGCAAUUGUUGAGAGUCAUUAGCUCCCGAACAGUGGGUUCUCUCCUUUUUGUUAUCUAUCCGUAUUGGGAGGCAAAGUGGGGUGGGAAUGGAACUUGUCUGGUGCAACAGGAAGCCUUGUUUGUUGGUUUAACAAAUUUUAUAUGCUGCUUGGUGGUAAGAAAAACUGUUUUAAGCGGUCUACAAAAAUAUAAAAUAUUAAAAUUAUCUGUUAAAAACAGGCCCAAUCCUCAGACAACCAAGGGUUUGUUGUGUAUUGUCUACGGUACCAUGUAAUUGUUUAGAUUUUAGGUUACAGUAUUGCAAACAUGACUGGGCUUAGGAUGGAGUGGACUGAGAUUCUCUUUUGAAUGAAUGAAUAAGUUUUCUUUCUGAUAAGGCUUGCAAAGAGGAGCCAGAAGAACCUGCCAAUUUUGUGGUGUCAGAAGCUGGAUCUGAUGAUUUGAUUGAUUACAGGUAACGAUUACAGCCUAAUUAUGGAACAUGGUUACACACAUUUGUGCUGGCACAUUUUGAUUUGCAUCCUGCAGUUGUCCCUGGGAAUUUUUUAUUCAAACCAGAACCUGAACAGGCAUAUAUUAGAGAAGAAAGUAGCCCAUUUCAUGCGAUAUUCCAAGGCAAGGGGGCUCCAAGCAUUGAAAAGGGGUAGCAGCAUCGAAUUGCUGGCCCUGCUUCCAGGUCACCUGAUUCCCCAAGCCCCACCCCUGAUGUCCACACGUUGAGUGUAAACACCCACAAAACAGAAGCCUGUAGGUGUAAACUUCUGGAUCCAUUGAAAAUCUGUUGGCGUAUAAGGCUAGGCAUGAAGGCUUCCAUUUUGCAGGUGCCUAUCCAUAGACCAUAGGGCUGGCUGAUCAGAAGGUCAGCGGUUCGAAUCCCUGUGAUGGGGUGAGCUCCCGUUGCUCUGUCCCAGCUCCUGCCAACCUAGCAGUUUGAAAGCACGUCAAGUGCAAGUAGAUAAAUAGAUACCGCUCCGGCGGGAAGGUAAACAGCGUUUCUGUGUGCUGCUCUGGUUUGCCAGAAGUGGCUUAGUCAUGCUGGCCACAUGACCUGGAAGCUGUCUGUGGACAAACACCGGCUCCCUCGGCCUAUAGAGCGAGAUGAGCACCACAACCCCAGAGUCGUCCGUGACUGGACCUAACGGUCAGGGGUACCUUUAUGUUUACCUAUGCAUUUUGCAGGUGUCAGAGGUGUGGAAAGGGAAGCCACAUUACACCAGAGGCAGGACCUGGAGUCCAAUUCUGUUGGCUUUUCAGUGUAUAGAUGCCCCUUUACCUUAAUAACGCAUGAAGGAUCUUCCCAACGUAGACCUAUUACGAGCAUAAGGAGAACCAUGCUGGAUGAGGCUCAAGGUCCAGCAUAUAUUUCUCAAAGUGACCAGCCAGAUGCCUGUGGAACCCCAAAGGCAGAACAUGCACAUGACAGCGCUCUUCCCACUUGUGAUUCCCAUUAGCUGGUGCAUGGAAGCAUACUGCCUUCAACAGUGGAGUUAUCUGGCUUCUGAUUUUAAGUUGUAAAAGCCCCAUUGCCUCAUCCCCUUCAUGUGAGCAAUGUGUGCAGAGGCUUCUUCAUCUCUUCAGAGUCCGCUUCAACUGAAGGAUCUCAUCUGCUGCUCAGUCUCCUGAAAUUCAUAUUUUAAAAUCUUUAAUUUGGCCUCAUUUUUCCCCUUUGUUUCCUGAAACAUGUAGCACAUAUUUUUGUACUUAAAUUACAGCUUAAAAAAGUAAGAAGCAGUGCAAUUAAUGAAAUUUUCUGUGUGGAAUGUAAAUGCAAAAGUAAUUAUCCCAGAUAAAAAUCAUAAUCACCACACCAAAUCAGUAUCAAAUGGCUUCAGUGUAAAAUUAUCACAUGGUCUGAAUGCGUCAGCUGGACUGGUGACUGGGAGUGGUUGCUGAGACCAUAUAACCCUGGUCCUGAAAGACCUACACUGGCUCCCAGUACGUUUCCGAGUACAAUUCAAAGUGUUAGUGCUGACCUUUAAAUCCCUAAACAGCCUCAGCCCAAUAUACCCGAAGGAGCAUCUCCACCCCUGUCGUUCAGCCCAGACACUGAAGUCCAGCUCUGAAGGCCUUCUGGUGGUUCCCUCACUGCAAGAAGUGAGGUUACAGGGAAGCAGGCAGAAGGCCUUCUCGGUAGUGGUGCCUGCCCUGUGGAACGCCCUCCCAGCAGAUGUCAAGGCAAUAAACAACUAUUUUACUUUUAAAAGACAACUGAAGGCAGCCCUCUUUAGGGAAGUUUUUAAUGUCUAAUGCUGUAUUGUUUUUAAUAUUCAGUUGGAAGCCGCCCAGAGUGUCUGGGGAAACCCAGCUAGAUGGGCGGGGUAUAAAUAAUAAACUAUUAUUAUUAUUAUUAUUAUUAUUAUUAUUAUUAUUAUUAUUAACGUUUAUCUCCGAUAGACCUGUAGGAAGUUUCUUUAAUGUGGCAAUAUGGUCAUGUUCUGUUCCAAUUUUUGUCUUGUACCUUAAGUGGUCCCAUGUCGGAAAAUCAGAAAACUGAACCUGAUGUUUCAUCACUUUCACCUGCAGCUCAGAAAGAACAGUGUGUAAAUGUGCUUCAUAAUAAACAGAAAGAAACACCUCGAGGUGAGCUUAUGGUAGUCAUUUCUACUGGUAAAAGAGGAUUUGUAUUGACAUAGGUUUCUCCCCCAGAGUAGGUGGUUUGUGUUUGCACAGAUGUCUUAACCCGUGGAUAAGUGACAACUUCUGUGCUUAUUCCCAAGGGCGCACACCUUCCUAAAAACCAAUAAUGCGUACCUUUUAACCUCUAUACAUAACUAACUGUUUCUGUUGACUAUGCAGUCAGGCAGGAGGCCUGAAUCUCCCAGCAUUCAGAAAUGCUGGAUGAGCCUUUGACCCUUAAGCAUCAUUCCUGGAGUAUGUACCACCGAGUAAAGAAUGUUUAAGGGAAACAGCUUAAGGUGAAAUGUGGCAAGAAGGAAAUAAUAAAAUAUAGCUAUCUGCCUGCUUUCAAACUCACAUAGGCGGUUCUUUUGUGGACUGAACCUAUUUUGUUCCUAGCUUCUGUCUGGAUGUUCAGCCCGAGUGCAGGUCCCUGGUUUUACAUGCGAGUUGAUGUAACUUGUGUGUUAAUGGCCUAUUUUAAGGCAAUCAUUUGAGAAACUACAUGCAGGGAUUUGAACUGACACGGUUUCUUUCUCUCUCUCUUUUGCUUCAAUUCUUUAGCAAGAGCACCUUUUGCAGAGUCAGGAAAAGCAGAUGGCGCUUGGGGCUGUUCCGGUGCAGAGGAAACGGUUCCUUGCACCCCUUUUAAAGGAGCUGCAGCAAAAGAGAAACAUUCGAAGACAAGGAAGAUUAGCACUCGCAAGAAAUCGGAGCAGGCUUCUAGACCGCCUAAAUCGGCUCCGAGGGAACCUUGCGCAGUGAUGUCCGCAGAGUCACACGAAGCGUCGCCGCUCACUGCCAAGUCUUCAGUGGUAAAAAUAAAUAAAUAAAAGGAAUUAAACUCCACUUUUGUUUUUUUGGGAGAGGGGGCGGGUGCCAUUUCCUCGUUAUUUGUUGAACUAUUAGUAGAAUAACAGCAGGAAUAAAUUUCUGUCUUGUAUGGCGCACUGCACUUUUUUUUCAUUUCAUCUUGUGAAUGGGGCCAUUUUUGUGCCAGUUGAACCACUGCAUUGUUUCAUCUGUCUGGAGAGAAGAGAAGAGCAGGUGUGGGGAAAGUGGACAGCACAGGAUACAGAAGGAGAGAAGCUUUCUUAUUCCCAAGUCCUCAGAGGAAAGGGCUCUGGCUCAGUGAGAGAGCAUCUGCUUUGCAUGCAGAAGGUUCUGGGUCCAAUCCCUGGUAUCUCUGGGUAGGGCUGGGAGAGAAAUCCUGAAGGGUUUCUGCCGGUCUUAGUAUAAACCAUGAAGCUCUUUGGGUGACCUUGGACUAGUUCCGCCUCUCAGACUAGCCUACCUCAUAGGGUUGUUGUGGGGAUUAAAUGAGGGAGAAACAAGUAUGCCACCUUGAGCUCCUUGAAGAAGAAAAAAGGUUGGGUAUAAAUGCAGCAAAUAGGGAUGCGGGUGGCGCUGUGGGUUAAACCACAGAGCCUAGGACUUGCCGAUCAGAAGGUCGGUGGUUUGAAUCCCUGCAACGGGGUGAGCUCCUGUUGCUCGAUCCCUGCUCCUGCCAACCUAGCAGUUCAAAAGCACCUCAAAGUGCAAGUAGAUAAAUAGGUACCGCUCCAGCGGGAAGGUAAACGGCGUUUCUGUGCGCUGCUCUGGUUCGCCAGAAGCGGCUCAGUCAUGCUGGCCACAUAACCCGGAAGCUGUACGCCGGCUCCCUCGGCCAAUAAAGUGAGAUGAGCGCCGCAACCCCAGAGUCGGCCAUGACUGGACCUAAUGGUCAGGGGUCCCUUUACCUUUACCUUUACCCAAGCAAGAAUAUGGAGGUAAAAGCAUAGGUUGGCUCUACCUCCUGGUUGACUGCUAGCAUUUCCUCUCCCUUACCCUGUUUCAUUUAGGACUCUUCAGUGGCAAUAUUUCCCAUUCAUAGAAUAAUUCCACGAAAGGAUCCAACAAAUGGAAAAGAUUCAUUUCAAUGGAUUAUCUGGCAUCCAUGGGUGGUUCCCUGAACAGAAUCCAAGAGGAAAUCCCCGGGGGGGGGGGGGAAAUCCUACCCACCCUCCAAAAAUAUCUCAAGGGAGCCCCCCACCCCCAUUUUUCUCGAUUCUAGGAACAAAGAGGCCCCACGUAACUCCUGCCUGGUGGGACAUUGAGAAUAUGAUUUUCUCCUCCUCUUCCUUACUAUUUUAAUCUCCCAUACAUCCACACAAUUGACUUUGGGGAAGGGUCUUGAGAGUGCCUGAAAUUGGAGGAUUUUCUUUUCUUUUUUAGUUUAGAGGCAAUUGUGAUUAAGUGGUACAUAAAUUGUAGAACUAAAGAAUACACAGGCGGAGAGCAUUGCUUGUGCAGGUUCUGUUCCCGCCCCCUGCCCCCCGUGCACGUGGAUGUAGGACGUAUCAGUGUGCUCCACCACCCCCCCGCCCUGCUCCUGUUUUGCCCCCAUUCUGCUUUCUUCUGGGUCCCAAAGGACCUGCACAUCGACAAUUGUCCUUCAGUUGGGUGCGCCUAAAACGGUUGCUGCCUGUAUAAUUUUUUUGUGCCUGCAUUUUUUGCUUUCCAGCAAAACUCUAUGAACAGAAUCAAGCAGGAAAUUAGGAUUCUGCUAAAGGGGUCAUCUUUAAAAAGUUCUAUAAGUGUAAAACAUUUCUGAAGGGUGUGUCCACCCUUUAAUCCAUUCUAAGUUACAAGCCAAUGGUCAGCAGCUCAACAGGGCCACAGUGCAGAGAAAGUGCAGAGAAAGUUUCAUUGUCAUCAUGCUAGGAGGGGAUGAUAGAAUAGUUCUUUAUUACAUGCUACUACCUUCCUUUGGGGAUGCGGGUGGCGCUGUGGUAUAAAACCACUGAGCCUCUUGGGCUUGCAGAUCAGAAGGUCAGCGGUUCGAAUCCCCACGACGGGGUGAGCCCCCGUUGCUCGGUCCCAGCUCCUGCCAACCUAGCAGUGCGAAAGCACGCCAAAAAAAGGAGCAAGUAGAUAAAUAGGUACCGCUCCGGUGGGAAGGUAAACAGCGUUUCCGUGCGCUGCAGCGUUUCGGUGUUUGGUUGCGCCAGAAGCGGCUUAGUCAUGCUGGCCACAUGUCCCGGGAAAACUGUCUGCAGACAAAUGCCGGUUCCCUCGGCCUGUAAAGCGAGAUGAGUGCUGCAACCCCAGAGUCAUCUGCGACUGGACUUAACUGUCAGGGGUCCUUUAUCUUUUACCUUCCAUUACUUUUGCUUGAUUUGGCUUUCUUAGACUUUGAUGCCUUCCUAGAGGGGUUCAUAUUGCUCUGUGUUUCAAACAGCAUCUAGGAACAAUGUUGGCCAAGUUGUUUAUAAACAUCUGCCCCCCCCCCUUCCCCGCAGAAAGCAGAAGCCGCAUCAGUAGGUCAGAUUUUCCACUGCCUAAGUCACUGAAAGUGAUUUAUUAUUUAAGGAGUAAGCUAGAUCUGUUCAUUAAAAAUUAGAGGGGGGGGGGGGAAUAUUCCAGUGUGGUCGAUUUAGAGGAUAUGUUUCUAAAAUGAGCUGUGGUUUUUUGGGGUGGUUUUCUCUCUCUCUCUCGAGUUGUUAAAGUGUGUUUUUGCUUAUAUAAGUUGAAGAUUGAUUAAAGGACAAUUAUUUAUUUGAUAAGAUGUUUGCUUUCCCUAAAUACGGCAUAUAGUUUUUUAUGGAAUUGUAUUUUGUGUAUGCACUGUUGAUUUGGAUCUUGAUUUUUGCUGUUAUGUUGACCACCACAAUUUUAUUUUUAAAAAAUAUACAAAAAGUGAAGAGAAAUAAGAAGCAGUGGCUAGGAUUUGCUCUCAUUCAUUAGCUCUGGAGGGGCUAGGAAUACUAUUAGGGACUCAAAUUGGAGGAAAACAGAUCAGUAGCUUGCUGGACUCUAGCCUUGACAGGAAUUUCAGAAUAUUCUUAAAGCAGACAUUUGGGAAACUUUGACCCUGCAUUCCCGUCAACCCCAGCCAGCAUGACCAAUGAUAUGGGAUGCUAUGAGUUGCAGUUGCAACAAAAUCUGGAGUCCCACAAUCUUGGUGACACAAUAUAUAAUAGAGGAUUUUUUGUGCUUGCCUUGUAAGAUGUACAUUUAAUGUAUUUAAUGCAACCACAGCAAUGCAGUUUUUGUGACCUUUUAAAAGUCUGAGUUUCAUUUUUAUGCAUAAUUUCAACCCUGUGUAACUAAGCGAAUUUCAACAUUGCCAAAAUUCCUAGCUUUUUGAAGAAAGACAAUACAUGUGGAUAACUUUAGCUUUUUAAUAUCUGUAUGAUAUUUAAAGAAUAGUUUUAAGGGUAAAGCUGUACACCAUAUAGGGCCUCUACAGACAUUUGCCAUGGUGUAUUAAACCAUUGUUCAGGAUUGGCUGCAAACCAGGUUGUCAAACUGAUUGAAUUGCAUUUUCCAACCAGGAUUAAAGCGGCCCUUGUAAGUAUACUUUGUUGGGAGCAAGUCCCACUGAACUCAGGGGCCUUCCAAGCAGAUACGCAUAGGAUUACAUUGUCACUGUUCCAUCUGUGUCAAGCAAACCGUGGUUAAGGCAGCUUUUCAGCCUCUCCCAGUUGCUCUUGCUUGCAAAUUGACAGUCAGGCCAUGUUGGUGUUUUCAUGUACAGCCCCACUUAGACACAAGUUAAUUUAGCUGAGAAAGGUACACCUGGGUUAGUACCAACACAGCGCACCAUGGUUAGUACUAACCUGGUUUAACCAUUCUUUCUUCACCAGGACAGAGAAGAUUUCAAAUUUUAAAAAUGCAGUGUUGCUGGGAAAGCUUAUGUCAAGUGGCUUCAAAACAGCCUUGUCUUCCCAAUCUUCUUUCUCUCCCCAGUUGUUACAGGAAAUAGCCCAGAAGGAGAAACCUAGCUGUGCCCCAUAUCGAGGGCUUGAGGAAUUCUUUACAAGCUGUGAGCAAGUUAUGAUGGAAUCGUUUCCUUUGCCACGUGCAGGCAGGCAAUCGCCAAGCCGUGGCAUUUCAUUUUCAGGUAGUAAUGAAGAAUCAAACACCUGUUUCCAUGCGUGUUGCUUACUGAGCACAUUGGCUUUAGGGCAUGGUAGCCUCAGUUGCAUAUUUAAGUACACACAGCAUCCUUAUCUGGAUAUGCCAGGUCUAGGACGUCAUGUAUAAGUGCAUUUGGCAUAAGCUGGUGUAACUGCCAUACUGAGAAGGCGCAAGGAAAAGAUUGUAGCAGCAAAACCAACGAGACAAAAGCAUGUCAUUCUUUCAUGCUUUAAGUUGUAAAGCCGUGUUUAUCAGACUUGUAGUGGGAAAUGCAAUUAUGUAAGUCACCUGGAAAUGUCUUGAUUUUCCUCUCUGAAGCAAAGCUUUGAUGAGGCCUGUUUUCCCUUAAUAACUGUGCAUUAAGCUCUUUGGGAAAUUAUUAAGGAGCCAUUAGCAGUCAUAAAUCAGUUGCUUGAGUACACAAGCUAAUUGUUAAAUGAAAAUUAACAAGCGACUUACUUUCACUCUUCUUAGAAUGUGUUUGUAUUUUGCUCUUGUACUCUUCUGAAGUGAAAGUUAGGAUCCAGCCUUCACAGAUCACUCUGGCUUGCAGCCUUGGAGGGAUCCUACACUCAAGGGUUCAGCUUUGGCCAGGGACAAUUCCCACCAACCGUGCCUGCCACGAUGCACUUUAUAUUUAAAGACUUGUCAUAGGUUUCAGCUGGAGACACUGUUUGAUGGCAGGACAAUGUUAUACCCAGUGCCCCAGAGUUUCCAUUCUAAUCCUCCAGGCACAAUUCAAAACGCUCAUCUUGUUCUGUGAAACUGCUAAUGACUAUGCCCUUAAAAUGUUUUUGUUUAGGCAAACCUGUCUAGAUGUGGAGAAAUUAUAUGUGUUUUGUUUCUUUUUAGCUACUGUUUAUUCUCAUCAUCUUUCAAAUAUUUUUAAAUACCUAAUUUUAACUUUUUGUAUUGAUAAUUUCAGUGUUUCAUUUUAUAUUUUUGAAAACCGCUUAGUGAUUUUUAUUUUUUACAACCAGGUAACAUAAAUUUUAUUAAGCAAAUAAAAUAAAUAAAAUAUCUGAAAGACCUUCAUCCAAUCAAAUGUUUUUAAUUUGAUCUGAUCACCUGCCUUUUAACAGACUAAUCUUAAUUAACAAAUAAUUAAAUGUGCGUAUUUGCAAAAUCUCAAUAUAGGUGCGUGUUGACAUGUUUAAGAAGCAGAGAUAAUUUAAUAAACUAUAAGUCCAUAUGCAGCAGUAAAGGCCCCCUUUUCAUUCUUUAUUACAUAAAACAGGAGAGCCUCUAAAAAUUAACAGUUUGUGGAAUGAAAGUCACCCUUGUUCAUUGACGCUGGUGCUAUCAAUCAGCUAACAAUCUAGUGGACUGAUGGUGGCGAUUAAACCAAUCGAAGCUUGCAUUUUUUUCCCUCUUCCCCACCCCUCAUUCCAUCUGUUGUCUUUGUGCUGUGUAAGUCCCAUUUACUGGAAUUAGACCUCAAAGAGCAGCUUGGCACACAGAAUUGUAGAAGGUGAAGCCUUAGCUGCGCAUGGAAGCAAAUAGUUGGGAAAACAUCAUCUGUUUCAUUUCUGUGUGCCAGUUUAUUGUUAAAGGCACUGGACCAGGGAAGGAAGAGGCAGAACUCCUGUAAAGUAUAACCUGCAAGUCCUGGGAAUGGAGUGAGGACCCAGUGCAUGUAAAUCUGUGUGGAUGCCGGGGCGUACGAAGUGGGGGGCGGAGGGGGCAGUCCGCUCCGGGUGCCGCUCGGGGGGGGGGUUUGACAAGAUGGUCUCUGCCUACCCCCAGCUGUAGAGCGACCAAGGGCACGCACAAUCAGUAUGGGCGCAGCUCGCGCAGUGUCCGUACGGGCUGCCUCUCGCACGGUGACCGUAUGGGAUGCUGCGCAUGCGCCACCGGGCGGUUCGUCCCACCCCGGGUGCCUGAGAGGGUUCCUCCGCCACUUGUGGAUGCGUUUAAAAGCAGGUGUAAUCUGUCCAACCAAAUAAUGCUUAAGAAGAAAAUUCUGAUUAUAGGAAUUAAACAUCUACCUUUUUCAACUCCAGGGUCUCAGCAGUGGAUGAGGCAGUUCAGCUUAAGUGAAUGUGCUGAUGAGUCUGUAGUGCAAGAUGUCUUGGAAAGAGAGCUUGGCAGACCAUCAAGUAGACUGGGAAGGCAAAGCCCAGGUCCAAGAGCUUAUCGGUCGAAGUUGUCCAUUGGUAAGAGCCCAACAUAAAAAGCACGCUUGCACUGUGAAACUAGGACGAAGUACAUCCACUUUUGCUAUUCCUGAUUUUCCCGGGUUCCAAAAUGUGCAGAGCACCUCCAUGAGAAUUAGAGGCUCCUUACUUCAGAAAUUCACCUUCCAGCUCACAGAACAAGAACUGAAGGGAGUAGGAGGAGAGCUGUGUGUGUGUGUGUGUGUGUGUCUGUGUGUGUAAUUAUAAUGACGAAUUGGGGGCGGGGCUUAAGUGCUUGUGUAACUCCUGAGUUAAGUAUCUGGCUUUUAUUGAACAAGAAAGGGGAUUUUGAUAUUUGUUUUAUUAAAAAAAUCAAAAUGUGGGUUGCAAGAGUUCAUGUAUUGAUAAUGUCAUAUUUACUAAUAGUAAACUCCUUUACCAAGUGUGGAGCAUGAAUUUGGUAUUAGUGGGUUGAAAACAGUACCACCUACACAUAAGAGGAUGAGGGGGACCACAAAGUUUGCAGAUACGCAAAAAACAAUAAUACUUCGGUUGAAAACUCCUAUUUUAGCAUAUCACAGAACAACAUACUUUUAAUUUUCCUCCUGCCCCUGUUACUUCAUGACUGUAUGUGCAAGUAUAAUGAGUUUUCACGCUUUCAUUUUUUGGGGUUUCAUGUUAAAAAAAGUUAGAUAUAAUUGGGCCUUCAACAUUACUUCAGCCUGAUUCCUGUCCAGAUUGAGGAGGUUUCUAGAUUUGGAGAUGCAGUGCUGCUUAGUGUGUUUGUAAACACCCUUUGGACCCAUGCUUAAUGUUUUCUAGAAUAGGGAAGGACUUUUUAUGCAUAUCUCUAGAAAAGAAUUUUUUUGUAGCAGGUCUUUAACAGCAAAUCAUUCUCACAUUUUCAGAAAAUGCUUCUGCAAGGCCCCUUUCUGCAAAUAUUCCUUUUUGCAGAACCAUCACACCCACACUUCGCCCUUCUUCAGUUCUUCAGACAGGAUCCGAAAGCUCAGCUACCUGGCCUUUAUCCCGAGCAGCUUCUGAAAUUUCAGAAAUUGAAGGCAUUGAUGUCACCGAACAUGAUGAUCCUUUCUUGGAAUACAGUACUGAUCAACAAGCCUUAGCAGAUUUAGAAGACGAAUGGCAAAGUAAUGCGGGUAAUUAUGCAAUAUCAUUAAACUCCCAUUCUGAAAGAUGUAUUUUUGGUAGCUUGAUUAUCUGUAUAGUCUGCGUUUAUGCUCAGCUGGAUGUUUUUCAUUUUCCCAUGUUCUCUGGAUUAUAAAGAAGGAAGUCCACAAUAUUGGGACAUAAGCAACAACACAUCUCUGAUUCCCUGAUCCUCAGGCAAACAUUGGGUGAAGUCAGGCAGGCACAAACUAAACAUACCCAGCUCCCUCCACUGUUCCUCCUAAGGUUUGGUUUCCAGACCCUUGAUCAUCUUGGAGAAGGCAGAAGAGAGCAGUUCUAUUACUACCCCUGAUGUGGACACUGUACUUCUGUUGAUGCAGCCUAGAAUAGUAUUAGCAAUUUUGCUGCUGCAUCACGCUGUUGACUCAUGGUUAAGCUUGUGGUCUACUAAGAUCCCAAGAUCCAGGUGUCUCCCAUCUUAUAUUUGUGCAGCUGGUUCUUCCUGAAUAAGUGUCAAACCUUACAUUUGUCCCUAUUGAAAUUCCUUUUGUUAGUUUUGGCUCAGUUUUUGCCCUCUAUGCUCCAGCCAGCCAAGCAACCAACAUAAUCAGAGUUCAAGGAUGCUUUCUAGCCUGGCAGGAGCGCUUGAGGAGAUUGCAGAAUAGGGCUGGUGAGGGAUGUGGCUCAGAAGGUUGUGUGGCCUGUGGAGGGUCCCAAGGGCCAGAUAGAAAGAUCCAGGGGCCACAUUUGAUUCCCAGGCCUGAGGUUCCCCUUCUCUGGCAUAGCAUAUUGGAGUUAUAGAAGAAUCGGAGCAGUCUGCAUAGGGCUGCUUGUGGAGGGUUUAGAGGACCCUGAGGCAGGGGCAAAAAGUGGGGCUUGUAGAAAUGAAUUGGAAUAAUAAAGAGUAGAGAGGGUUUAGCGAUAGGCAUGGGGCAUAAGUGAGCAGAAAUAGCAAGUGGAAGCUUGGACCGGGACCAGUUCAUACAUUGCACAUUCAUCACUCAGUUUGAGCAGAAAGUGUGAAUUACUUCCAAUGAAAAAUAUGGUGUGCUCUAGAAUCAAGUCUAGAAUAUACAUUAACACUCACGACAGGGAUUCUAGUCUCUGUAGCAAAAUUCAAAUCCCACAGACGGGAUUGUUUUGAGCAACUCAUUGGCCCACAACUUGUUGAGUGUCUAAAUGGAAUCAAAACAUGACCAUCCUGCAUCAGAUUUUGGGUGACUCUCAGAUGCACAGUGUUAGGAGCUCGUCCUACAGUCGAGUAGGACCCUGGCAGAGACACAUGUCCGCUUGGCAUGUUCUCUCCCUCCUGGUCGAUCGUUUGGGAGCUUCAAAAGCUUUCUUCAGCCUGAACAUCACAGGGACCGAUGCCAACAGACAUCGGCACACUUAGGGAUCCGCAGAGUCUUCACACUUGCGUAACAGACCUCAGCAACUCAGCAUUUUGGCUAAUCUACUUUAUUUACAUAUAAACACACACGGAGCACUGCAACAUGGCUCCCUCUCUCUCUAGCAUCAGACAGCAAAGAGAAAAAGAACAAAGGACAAUAGUCCCACUUCACGGAACACAGUAACACACCACUCUGUGGAGUCAAAACAUACACCGUCACGUGAUAGACAAAAAUCCCAUGACUGCAAUCAUGGAGCAGGAAUUCUAACACUCAGUCCCCCAUGCAGUUUCCACAAGAUGCACAGCAGCUGUGCCUACCCCUGUUAAUCUGUGCUGCAGAGUGCAGACAGGGAGAAUUGCAGGAUCAGUUGGAGCGAUGCCUUUGCUAGCAUUUCCAGUUUAGCACUAAAGCGCUGAAUCGGCAAUGUGGGAUGCUCUCAUGAGGGUAUAAUAACAGAGGCAGGUGCUAUGUAUUAUGAACUAUAGUUCUAUGGACUUGCCCUACAUUGGAGAGUUUCUAGCAAUAUUUUGAGCUGGAGUAUAUCCCCCUCCCCCAGUUUUAAUACACAAAAUGUCACAUUUUGACGGCUCUGACUGUUCUUUCUCAUGCUCUGUGCGAAUUUCAGGCACCUUAGUACUUCUGUUGCUUGUUACUAAAAGAAAAUACUUACAAAAUUUCAGAUCCUUGGGAAGAAUUCAGUGACUUAAGCUCUGGAGACUUCAGUAGACAUUCAAAGGGGGCAUGUCAGAAUCUUCCCGAUUUCCUUAAUAGCCAUGAAAUAAAAGACUACAGUAAAGGUGAUGCUAUAAGGUGAGUUAAUCUUGCCAUUAACUUUUACAAGAGGGUAAAAGAAAUGUAAAAACCAAACUCCAAAAUCCAGCAUUUCACAUUCCGUGUAACAACGAACUUUCCUUCAUACGAUGCAUGUGACAAAAUCAAAUCAGAAUUCUGCUUACAAACGCUAGAGGUUUGCAUGGUUUGCCAGAAGAGUCCUGCACCCUCUCAUCUAGGUUAAUUUAUUUUUCCUAAUUAUCUGCUAAUAUGGCUUGUUUCUCAAUUAUCAGCUCAUCUCCUCUUCACUGAGAAGUGAUUAAUUAUGCAAGAUUUGAAAGCAUUAACUUUCGCCAGCUUUUGUUCUUUUUUUAAAAAAUAGAGCCUUCUAAUGAGAACCCUGUUCAGGACACUUUCUCAUUCUGCUUUUUCAAAGCCUGCUAUCUCUCACCAUGGGGCUUUUUCUUGCCAGACAUAUAAGAACAGUAAGAUCGCCUCCAAGCUUCACAUGUAACAUGCAACAUGGUUCUUUUAGUGGUCGGGUGGCGAGGGCGCAGGUAGCAGAGAUUACUUUCUUUAGAAAAACGGGGGGGGGGGGGAAUUUCGAUUGUGUGGUAUGUUGAGCUUUGGGUAUCAAGUGUACCCAACAGAGAUGUGCACCAACAAUAGGCAGAGCCAGCUAAUUUUGAUUUUGUUCCCAACAUCCUGCAUGUUCAGUUCCACAGGGACUGGAAUGGUUGUAAGUCAGGUGGUAGGCAAAAGUGCCUGAAUAUAGCUCAGUUGGUAGAGCACAAGGCUCUUAAUCUCUGGGUUGUGGGUUCUAGCCCCACGUUCUGCAAAAGAUCCCUGCAUUGCAGGGUGUUGUAUUAGAUCACCAUUGUGGUCCCUUCCAAUUCUACAGUUCUGUGAUUCUAUGAGGGCAGGUUCUCACCUUUUUUGCACUAUACCCUAACAUUUGCAAGUGGCUUUUGUUUUUAGUUUUGUGAUUUACUUCCUGUUUUAUAUUUGGCAAAUAACCAAACAAUUUAACCCCUGUGUUGCAAACAAUAGUCAGUAAUAUCCAAGGCAACACGAUGGCCAAAUACAAUGAUACAAUAUCAAUAUACACUCUUUAUAUAAUAUUAACUAUAUGAAAUCACAUAAACAGAAAACUUAUGAAUCUCUGAAAGUCACAAAAUAUUCACUCUUAAUAGAUUCUCUUGAAAAUAUAAAACCAAAUAAACAUAUAAGUCUCUGAAAGUCUUUGAAGACUAUGCAAGUCUCUGAAAGAAGCAAUGUAUCAGAUUCUUAUCUGGUGAAAACAAGGCGUCCAACGCUGCCAAAGUAGUUCGCAAACAGACAUUGUGAACAGUGAUUCCGGAUAUAUUUGGCAAAGGCUUUAAAAGAAUGGACGGAACAGGACAAAUAAUUUCCACUUUCCGAAACAGUUGGUGGUCUGAUCUUCUAUGCCAAUCCGAGACCGAUAAUAGGUUGAAUCUAACCAAGUCAUAAUCACAGUAGACCUUUGGAAGUCAAUGGGCAUGACUACCAAGCCCAGCAAUUUCAGUGGGUAUCACUUGAAUGGAUGCAAGCCGCUGGUUACAUAUCUGUUUUGCUUCAUUGUUAUUAAUCUUAUCUAUGUAUCGGGAACUUGCUUGCAUUUGGAUUUCUGGAAACGAAACAGCUGAACCUUUUAAUUAUGUUUUAUUUUUAGAGUUUAUGACGAAAGCCAUACAGACGAUGAGGAAGACCAGAGGGACAAGCAGCAGGUGAUAGAAUUGCAGUGA